AUGGCGGCAACGAGAGACCGCAAAAGGACAAACAGUCAGAGUGGAUCGAAGUCUGAAAUGGCAAGGUAAGUUAAUCAAGAAAGCAUGAAUAAAUACGUUUAAAAUAAAUUAGUACAAUAACUUUCUUUAUGGCGAGUCACAAUCUCUAUGAUCCCUGCAUGCAUUGUUAUGAGAUACGGUAGCUGUUUUGGUCACACACGUGGUCAGGGUAUCUGCUGCCGAUGCGAGCUCCGAUACGCUACACAACAGGGCUCGAAAAAUAAAACUUGAAUUCCAGCUUGUCCUUUGGGCAAGCAGGUCUCACAUUUUGCUCUCCCGGGGCCUGAAUUCUUGCUCCUCCUAGUUAAUGUUUAAGUUAGAGGAUGACUCGUCUGUAGCCUUGCUUAUUGGGCAAGUGAGCUUUUAAAUGUUAAUUGCCCAGCAAGAAAAUCUACUUGUCCCGAACUACGGGACGGGACUAUGUUCGAGCCCUGACACAGGAAUCUGUUGUUCAGUGAAAUCGUCCAGUUUUUUCGUUGAAAAAUUGAUGUCUUGCAAAGGAAUUUUAUGUCUCCUAGUCAACUGUAAAGGAAGAUUAUUGUACCGGCCUGCACGGUGGUAGCCUACGUACAUUGUAUUACAGUGUGGCUAAAGCCCAUAGUUUUCAAUUUUUAGUGCUUUUGAGGGUGGUCAGAGGAGAGAAAGUGAAAGGUAAAAGUUGAGACUGAUGUGUCACUUGAAAGUUUACUUUCCUAAACAUUCCUGAAACUUGGAAGCUGAUGUUUUGCAUUUGGAAUAGAAGACUGCAUUAUGUUUGACAGUAUAUAGGGUGUUUUUGGGCAGUUUUGGCUCUUAAAAGCUAGACCACAGGAGUCCACACAAUAAAUGUACUGGAUUUACCAGUUGCCUCUUCCACAGUGAUAUAUCCCUAAGCAUAUAUAUAGAUCAAUGUUACCUAAGUGUUGAAUUGCCUUACCGGUGGUAUAUUGUCAUCCUUUUGCAGUUUUUUGAGCGAUUUUGAAGGAUUUUGAGUUUGCUGUUUACUGUUCCUAAUAAUAGAAGGACAAGGGCAGAAUCCAUAUUUUGAACAUCUCCAGCACCGGAGAAAUUUUCCCCUAGAAAAUCGCAUUGCUCUGCUUUCAAUUUUUACAACAAAAAGGUUGAAAGAUUCACGUUUCUUCUCAUUCCUUCCAAUCGAAAAUCCAUCCAAAAGGCCUGGAGCUAGCCCUCGAGGAAAAUUAAAUUCCCACAGUUUUUGAAAUGUCAAAAUGCGUAACAACAUUCAUAUGUGCCAGUCAGAAACCGUCUUCCUGAUUGUCUCUUAUUGAGUGAAUGUCGUUAACCAAUGGAAUAACUGAUUUAAAGAAUAUUUGGUAAGCGCUUAUUGUUUAACGGCAGCAAAAGUUAGGCACCAGGGGCCACCAGGCAUUGCUGGAGCACAGCCUUUACAAGUAUUUUGCCUUAUUUAAGAUCCUUUCUAAGUAAGAGUUAACAGUGUAUAAGUAAUAAUGUCCUUUGGCCUUUAAACAGUACAUCUCUAUCGAGCAGAACAGUCCAGGAAGAGGAUUUUCCCAGAGGUGGUGCAUCUGCUCUGACCCCCCUUGAAGUGAGGAAAAUUAAGCAUGAAGCAGAGGAGGAUGUUCUUUUUGGGGUUAAGGUGAUAUUAUUUUUUGUUAUUUACUACUCAUUUGGAAAUACAAUUUUAUGGACCCAAUGCAAAAAUGGCUGCUGGAUUAAUAUUCUUUUGUUGCAAUUAAAAUAAACCUGACUAGCUUUGCUUGAGAUAAUGAAUUCUUUUCAACUUUGUACUUAAGAACGAGGCUAGUCAAGGCUACGUGCAUGGUGUUGGUGAUCACAGCCAUAACAAAAUAUGGUACAAUGCUACCCCAUUGAUUCAUCAACUUUCAUGGCUAAAACAGUGCCAUAUUAAUACUGUUGUUUUGUACAUAAUACCGUAAUAUAAUUGUCAAAGGAAAAGAACUAAACAAUACAGUCAAAUCCCUCUACAACCACCACUUUGGGGACAGAAAAAAGUGGCCAUCCUAACUAAACAUUAAGAAUUAUAAACAUUUUUGGAUACAGUAAGCAUGAAGUUAGCACAAUGAACAUGUUGUACCCCCAAGAAAGAAUUCGUCAUUAUGACACCCCUACCUCCCCAUAACGGCCACCUCUCCACAAUAAUAGGCUGAUUUAGCAGUAGAACAGGAACGUCAUUUGACGACAGGAAAGCGCGCGGAAAGGAUUAAAUGUGACUUCCGGUACCCAAGUUGCUGCUCUGCUAUUGGUCAACCCAGUUGUUUGAUUUGUAAGCACAGUCGUCAACUGACAUUCUCGUUCUGUCGCUAAAUCAGCCUAAUUACUAUUGUGCAGAGGUGGCCAUUAUGGGAAGGUAGGGGUGUCAUAGUCACAAAUAAUUCUUGGGGGUACAACAUGUUCAUUGUGCUAAGUUCAUGCUUACUGUAUCCAAAAAUGAUUAUCCAAUCAUAAAUAAUAAACAGAGAGAUAAAAUGCACAAAAUAACUUGAAUAAAAAUUGUUUUGAAUCAAAAAGUAAACAACUGACAAAAUGAACAAUUAUUGUAGACAAUUUAUGCAGCCUUACUGAGGCAGUAUAAAGGGAGCUCAAUCAAAAUAUGAUGCCGUGAUUAAUCGUCAACGUGCAAUACAGAUCAAAUUUUAUGACCAUUCCUUGCUUUUUUAUCAGUUGCUGAAAAAACUUGCCAUUGUGGAGAGGUUAAUUUUUGGCAGUUGGGGACACGGUUCAGUGGUUGUUGCUGUUGUGGAGAGGUGGCCAUCAUAGAGAGGUUUAAAAAAAGUCGAUCUACUUGUAUGGACUGUUCGCUGGGACAAAAAAAGUGGCCAUUGUGGAGGGGUGGCUGUUUGUGGAGCAAGGCUCUGCUCUAAGGAAAAUUGAAGGGUGUGCAGCAUAUGAUUUGUAUGAAAAAUCUGAAAUUUUCCAGUUGCCCAGGAGCAAAAGUUGGGUGCCAGGGGCCACUGGGCUCUUAGAGCACAGCCUUGGUGGAGGUUUAUGUAGAAUACAUAAUUAUAGGAAUUAUAGCAAUUAGAUUUGCAUAUGCCACUGAUCAUAAGAUGAAGUGAUUGCGGCUGGCUAAUUUCUUCUUCUAUUCCGUUUAGAAGGCAUCACCAGAAGUGGAAUCAAGAACUAGAAGGGAGAAAAAGACAAGGAAAAAAAAGACCACAACAAAGGAAUUGGAAAGUAAAGCUGAGAUUUCAGGGAAAUUUAAGCUAAAACACGUGGAAUCCCUUACUUUUAAGGUAAUAUUUGGAAUGCCUUUCACUUUAAAAGUACAUGUAAUACUUUGAAUUCCUGAAGAAAUUCCUGAGAAGAAUGACAAUACUACAUGUACACACUAAGGUUUGAGUUACAGUACUUUUAGCGAGUCACACCUGCACACCUCGGAACUGCAUGUUAAACCCUGUAAGGGGGUGUUUACAUGACACCGGGGUGACUUUCACACUGGGGCGAGAUCACUCCGGUUUCCCCUCAUGGCUCUAUAUUUGUUUACAUGAUACCACCACAAAAUGUCAUGCCAGCGUGAGUCACCCCGGCGUGAGUUCAACCGGGUUGUUGUACCGGGGCGAGAAUUUCACUGCGGUAAGAAAUCUUGCAACGGUAUCAUGUAAACGCAAAACGACCACCCGUUUAGGUGUGAAAUCGGUCUGCUGGUAGACUGGAAUGGGUCACGCAUGCGUAAUGUCUACGAUUUUGAUUCACAAGUGUAUUUUAUCAACAUGAAGUGUGCCUUCAAAUAACGAGAUAUGAAAUGACCCAUGCAUUAUGUAAAUGCCAUACAAAAUCAAAAAGUCAUCCCUGUAUGUAACUCGUGCCGGUGCGAGUUUUCUCAUGUAAACACCCCCUAACACCCCAAUUUAAUUUUUAGCUUAAUUAAAAGCAAAGUACCCUAGCUCUUACAAUGCGCUUGAGCGCAUACCUAUACCUAAUUUAAUAAAGUUUGCUUUGGUAAUAAUGAAUUAGAAAUUGGGCAUUGGGCAUUUGGGCAUACAGAACACGGUGCAAUGAUUUUCUUGAUUUGCCUGUUUUUUUUUUUGUAAAGAUUGCAAUAGAAAAAAUGUGGCAUUUGAGAUUUGACUUAACGGAAAAAUAAAAAAAAAUGACACAGUACGUGUAGCCCAUUGGGUAUAAGCUCACACGUACUUCUUUGGGUUGCUGGUGUUUAUAAUGGAACCUGAAAGCCCACAACAGCUACUGGCUUUGCACUAAAUAAACAAACUGUCCACAGCUACACUGUAGAUAGUUUUUAUCAAAGAUCAUUGACUUUUUAAGUAGUAUGGUUUACCAACAUCAUGACCACACUUUUAAGCAAUUUAUAUUAAUUUUAUAUUUCAUAGCUUUAUCUGUUUUAAUAUUCACCAGAAACUCUAUGUGGGUAUGAAGGUGUUGGGAGCAAUCAAGGAAGUGAAUGAGUAUGACAUGGUUAUAAGCCUGCCUAAUGGGCUAAGUGGAUUUGUGCACAUUACGCACAUAAAUGAAAAGAUCACUGAAAAAUUAAAGGAAGGGCUUGAAGCUGGUGAAACUAAAGACAGUGAGGUAAGACACAACUGCAACGUGGUGGGUUUUAUAACAUAUGACAGCCUCUGCUGUCAGUAACUACUGCCAACUGCUUUAUGCAAUUGCAGUGACAGUUUUGUUGAAAAGUUCGAUAUGACCUGAGUUUCCGUCAUUUACAUGUACAGUAUUUACAGUAGUUCUUUCAAUUUUUCUAAACCCCUUAACUCAACCAAAAUAAAAGUUAUCCACCAUAAAAAUAUAAAUUUGUCAUUUACAAUAUUACACUGAAGCUUUACUUUGUAUAAUAUUACAGGUCAAAAUAUAAAGAUUUAAGUUAAAAUUUUUUACUGUAGGUUGAUUCUCAACAGCCAUCGUCUCAUAGCCCUUAAUUAUGAAUAGUUAGGGCUAGAAGACAAAGUAAAUUGAAAAUCAACCUUCAAUGUACACUGUAGGUUAAAAAAUCUCAACCUGAAUUUAAUUUUGAACCAUGACAUGAAUUAUAUGUGGUAGUUAUUUUUUUAUCUGAGGUAAUUUUAGUUUUUCUUUUGUUUCUGGGUAUGGUAAUGUAUGCUAAUUUAAAGUUGAAACAAAAGAAAGAUACAAAUUACCUGAAAUAAAAAAUUAACUACAGCAUACAGACAUACCUUAAUGUGUCCUUUAUAAUAACUUAUAAUAGAAUACUUCAUAGAAAGUGCACACGCAUGUUAUUUAUGUGCAAGUUUGAAUCAGUACAAAGAAAAGAAACUGGUGAUUGUGAUUUCAAAUUGAACUCAUGCUGCGUCUGAUUUUGAAAUUACGCAUAUGAUCUCAGACCAAAUUGUACUCCACUCAGUUCAAUUACCAUUAUUAAUCAGGUUAAGCACUAUCUAUGCCACACAUGUGUUGAUUAUCUUUUUAGACAAAUUUACCAGAACUUGGUAAAUUUUUCACUACUGGAUGUCUGGUUCAGUGCUCUGUAUUGGAGCUGGAAGGAUCUAAACCAGGACAGAAAAAAAUCAAGUUAUCUCUGGAGCCAAAAGAAGUCAACAGUAGCCUGAGCAAGUCAUCUCUGAAACAAGGAAUGGUAUGUUUAAAAUAAAGUUGUCAUCAUCAUCAUCAUCAUGAUUUUCAUUAAAAAUAAUAUUGAUUAAAAUUAAUGAUGAUGAUGAUUUCAGUAUUUUUACCUGACAUUUAGAGCUUUCUACCAUCAAACUUCAGAAUUAUUUCAUGAUUUUCUCAAAGACUGCCAUAAAAUGCCAUGAAGGAAAUGCCAUGAAACAAAAGAGUGAAAAUUUGUUAAGACAAAUUAGUAUUAAGUUACUGUUCACAAGAACUGUUUUAAUGUACAGUGUACAUGUAUGUUUAGGUUCUUCCAGGAUACGUUUCAAGUGUAGAAGACCAUGGCUAUCUGAUAUCGUUUGGCAUUGAAGACACAAAAGCUUUCUUACCAAAGAAAGAUGUUAUUGAAGGUACAGUACAUUACAAAACCCAAUGAUUUAUACAAUUGUAAAAAGAUCUGAUGUUUAAUUUGAUGCAUUGAUGCUGGUAAAGUGCACUUUCAUUCCGUACCGGAAUAUUUCAACUAAAAUGGAAACUAUCAUAUUAUUUUUUCACAACAAAUGACUAUUGUAUGUAAAGGCAUGAAAUUAACACAAGUUGUGGCUAGACAAAAGUCCUGUCUGGUAGUUUUAUCUUGGUGGGCAAGUAACAUUUUAACCUUCAGUGUACUUUAAAAUUGUUACUACAGCAGUUUAAUACAAUGUGGAUGUUACUGAAUGUAUCAAUAAUUAAUUUUGAUUUCUUUUCAGAACUCAAUGAAGGUCAUCCACUGUGUUUGUUAGUCAAGUCUGCAGCUGAGGACAAGAGAAUUAUAACUGUAACUGCAGACAGAGAUGAGAUUCAAGGUGCUUUGGUAUGUUACAAGUGUUUUUCAUGUACUUAAUGUGCAGUAAAGGAUUUUUCUGCUUUUUAGUAGCUAUAAUGUAAAACAUUUGAGUAGUGUAGGAGAACCUGUAGGAGCUGCUUGUAAGGUCUCUGCUAAUUGGUCACAAGAAACAAUGACAUGUCAUUCUUUCAAUUGCUUUAGUAUUGUUUGGGGUCAGGGAAACACACCAUUGGUGACUUCUCCCCGAGUAGCUGCUACAUGACCCAAACAUUUUGGUUAUUACUGUGUUGUGUGGACAAGUGACUCACAUUGUGUUGGUUUUAGUAUUGUCCCUAUUGUUUUUUAAACUACGCUUCAUGCCUUAAAAUUUAUGUACUUUUACAGUGUUAUUGACAUUAACUUGUUUGUAGGUUAAGGAAGGUAUGAAAUUGAAAUUUUCAACCCUCCUUCCUGGCAUGUUGGUGAAGGCCUCUGUAACUCAGGUAAAAUAGAACAUUUACACUCUGUAUAAUCAUGCUAAGCAUCCAUCAUGCAUCAUAUACAGUGUAAUCUACUGUGCUGAAAAUCCACGGCAAGUAAUCUUUGUUUCUGAGGUAUCGAUAAAAUACUGAAAAAAUGAUAUUUAUGAAAAUGGCUUUACCUUUUGCAGUUCAUGACUGAACUGAGUUUAUAUAGUGCACAGUACACAGUCAUCUUUGUGAAAACAAAUUUGUUAACGCCACACAACCUGGAGUUCACAAAAAUAAAAGGCAGUUAGACAUUCAAAAUAGAAUUUUCUGAAACAGAUGGUUUUAUCCUCUCUACAUUGCUUUCACAGCCGUGCAAAGGCAAGUAUUGCAAAGAAGAGUUCUGGAGUGAUGGUAUCUGGAAGUAUUAAUCUUGCAGAAACUCUUUCAAAUAAUCCAGAAUUUAUGCAGUUAAAUACAAGUUUUCAGAGUUAACAACAAGGAGUGCUAGUCGUAUCUUGCUGGCCAACGGUGUUGUGAGAUGCGCAUGCUCCAGUAUCCCACGUGCUAUUGCAGUUACGUUAAAUGUCUGUAAAACAAUGCUAACACCAGGUGUGUUGUUAAAGGUCAACAAAGAGGUUGUUUCUGAGACCUUUGUUGUAUAAGAACAAUUGCGGGUUCAAUUUUGAAGUUAAAUGUACAAUCAUAGAAAAAACCUAUAAUGGCCAUCCAUUGAACAGGUACUAUUUUUAUUCAAAGACACAUGAAAAGUGUAAGGUUGAUUUAAAGUUAAUAGUGACCUGAAGAUGCACUUUUUCAGCCUACAGGUAUGGAUAAGCGAACAUCUUUACCUCGCAGUUUUAUAAAAGGCAACCUGGGCUGAUCAAUUAAACGGCCCAUAGAACUCACAAUAAUACUGUUUCCUAGUUCAUUCUCUCCGAAAGAACUCACAAUACCCGAUGAAAACCCUACAAGGAAAACUCGCUCUCUUUUUCUCUUUUUUACUUUUGUUGUAGCUUAGUUGCACUUGUUCAUUACCUUAUUUGGUAGUCCUAGCCCUACUUUGGUAGUGUUACUAAACGUCUCAAAACUGUGAGGGGAAGGGUCGGUAAAUCUCUCGUACACAACUCACCUAAACAUUGUAGCUAGCAAUUGUUACAAUCAACCGUAACUUGAAACUAAUCUGAUUUACCAUAUGACAGUCCAGUUUAUACUUGAACUCAGUUCAGUUUAUCAGUUCUCUUCUUCUGGCAAUUGUUCUGCGAUUCUCUUAGCAGCCCUCUGAGCUGCAGUUCGUCUUGGUCUUUGUUAUUCUACAUAAGCUCGAUCUCUCCCCCCUUUUGAGAUUGGUCAACAUUCUCCACCGCUCUGAUUUCCAAAGGACAAACUAACUGAAGCGGUGGAUCAAUAGUGUGCCUUUUGUGUAACAGCGUUACCCCUCUAACGACGUCAUCUUUGCCUUGAUAAUACACUCUACUUUACCCUUUUUUCAUUCUCCGCGGUUCUUUUCGUCUCCAAUGGUGAGUACAGUUUCUCCCACUUGAGGUAUGGUUCCCAUUUCCUUGUUAAGCCUGUGACUUUCCAUCAGGCUGUGGACAUACUCGCUUUCCCGGCGUUUCCAUGCUUUUGCCUAAGCAUUUUCCAAUCGUUUGGCCAUCCUUGUUAGCUUCUCUGCAUCUGAGCCUUUGGUGCCUUCUACAGUAUACACAUUAUUCUCGUCCCCACAGAAUCAUCUUCAGUGUAAGCCCCGCCUCUUCCUCUCCCUCUGCUUCAACAUUAUCAAGGGGCGAUUAUUCAAAUUUCUUUCAAUGUCCAUGCUGACUGAUUCAAAUGCUUGAUAGGAAAGAGAUGAUCUCCCCAAGGUCUUGUGCAAGGUGUUCUUUAUCUCCUCAAUCAAUCUCUCAUAGACUCCUCCCCGCCAUGGUGACUUUGCAAGAUUAAACUGCGAGCGGAUGUUCUCACGUGCUAAGUAAUUCUGCAACUUCUCACUUUUCAUCACGGUCUUGAUCCAAUCUGCUGUAGCCUUAAACGCUUUGGCAUUAUCCGAUAUGGUGAUGCAAGGUCUUGCCCAAUCGUGAGAUAAAGGCAUUCAGCUUACUCUUGAAUUCAUCUGCCGUUUGGAUGCGUGAAACUUCCAAAUGGACUACUCUGGAGCUGGUGCAGGUGAAAAUAAUGGGGUAGCACUUUCCUUCUUCUUUCCUACCGACCUGGUACAGGAAGGGUCCUGUAAAGUCCACCGCGCGGUUAGUUCAAACGGUCUGCUCCCCUCAGUUCUAUGUUCUGGCAAAGCACCAGUUGAUGGCACUCCAUAAGGUUUGGUGGACUAUACUUUGCAGAUGUUGCAAUUCUUAAUGACCUUCUCGACUUUCACUCUCAACUUUGGUAUCUACCAGUUUUCUCUCACGCUCGCCAUCGUGUUCGCAACACCAGGAUGCAUGACCUGAUUAUGGAUGUGAAGGAUAACCUUCUCCGCAAGUGGACCAUCAGGAAGGUAAAUCGGUCUGUAUUAUUUCAUUCUGCCUUCACAAUUGACAACACCUGUAUGGUCAUUACUGACUAACUUGGGGACUGUAGACAUGUUUCCUCUGCUUUCUGAACUUGCUUUACCCAGUAGUCACUUGCAGUUGUGAUCUCUUCCGUAACUAAUGGACCUGACUUCUUCUUCAACUUGCUUCUUACUUUGCAGUUUGUGCAUAAACCCAUGCUGUUACUCUCCUUGUACACCAGGAGGUGCUUCUUUCUAACAAGGCAUCCCACCCAUCGAACUUACGCUCUUGUGUGAGAAGAACCUCCUCUUGGGUGACCUUACUCUCUUCAUCUGUUGCUUUGGUGCUAUUUAGCCUUGGCUGCUUUGGCCACCGCCUUUUGUCCAAGAGCCAAUCCGGACCGGAAAACCAGUUUGCUCUUUCCAUCUUAACAAUGGUUGCCUCUCUACUUCCGAGGUCUGUUAGAUUCAACUCUGAUGAGCAGUAUUUCCAAGCGCUGUUGAUUGCACCAGCGGUUUCUGCUAUCUUCUUUGAGGUCAGAAGCCCUUUGGUCAUGCCUGCCUCAUGCUCUACCACCGCAACAGCUGCUGCAUAGCAUGCUAGAAUGCUGACAUCUGCGAAAGGAUGUAAGUGGACUGCUCCUAUCUCUCCAACGAAUGAAGCAAUGCUUCUGGGCACUCUUACAUCUUUAAGUUGUUUUGUCCACCUUAACCAUUGGUUCUUCAAUAUGGGGGAAACUUGUGCAUUCCAGCCUUUCUGCUUAUCGCAGGCUUUUCGAUAAAUAUGCUUUUCCUCAGCCAUAGUGGGUGAGAUUAUCCCGAAUGGGUCAUGGACAGUUUCUAGGUAACUGAGUAUAGUGCGCUUGGUCAGUGGAUGUUCUUGUGGAAAAGGCUUUGCAAGGAGCUCCAGUGUGUCAUCAUCCUUAUUCCACGCGUGUCCAAGGAUUUUGCUUGGGAUUGGCAUGCAUUCACUUUAAGGAAAGUUGACACUUGAUUCCCAGUUGUGCACCGGGAACCUGGCAGACUCAAAUAUGGCAGAGUACUCUGUUCUUUGUACCGCGUGUUUUCCUCGUCGUUUCCUCCCGUUUGCAUGACAUUUUCAACGUAAGUGUUCUCCCUAAGUGCUCUCACUGUGUCUUCAAAUUCUGGCCCUUGUUGUUUACAGUGACGCUGCAGAGUGGCUCCAGGUAGGAAAGGGCUUCCUUCAGCUUCGAAAGGUACUCGUGUAAAUCUUAAAUGUUUCUCUGUUCUUUUAAUGUGGAACAAGAAUCUGAACGCAUUUCUAUCCUCCUCUUUCACACCUAUCUAUGUCUCCAAGGAACAGAUUUGUGGACAUACGCACUCUAAUCAUUAAGUCCCAGAGAAACGGCUGCAACGGGGGACCAGUAAACAUGCAAUCAUUGAUGCUGAUAGUCAAAGGCUGGGGCUUAGCACUAGCGUCAAACACCAUGCGAACUUUCGUUGUAACCGGACUGCACUCUGCUUUACAACUGGCUUAUGUAGCAUGUUGAACACACGUUUUCCAGACGAACUCUGAGGUGCUCCCUCGAUUACCCCUGCUCUGAGUUGCUCUUCAAUGAUGCUACCAUACUCUCCUUUCAGGUUCUCAUUUCUCGACAGCUUCCUCUCCAUGUUGGCGAGCCGCUUUCUGCUGAGUGCUUCAUUUGUGUUCGUUAAUGUCGCUCCCGGUAUCCAAGGAGAACCAACCUCAUGCCUUCCAUCUUGCUUUCGCACAAAACUCUCCUUAAAGUCACGCAGAGCAUCCAGUUGAUCAUUCCCUCCCCGGUCCUCGAUUCCCAGUACAUCCAAACUGUACAGUUUCUCAUAUUCAUUAACCUCUCUCAUAUGCAUGCAGCUGCUCCCACCACCAUAUUCGUUUCCCCCAUGGAUUACCCAACUGAAAGUUGUCUCCUCUGCGAGCGGCUCUUUCGGGUGCCCUUUGAAUACUCUCUCCGUCCUUUAUAUUCUACUAUAAAUUAAGUCUCCGAGAGUGAGGUGUAUCUAAUGUUCUCCUGCGGACGUCAUGUAGAACCUCUUGUCCUGUAUAUGUGAAUACUUCAACUUCAGCUGACUCUCACUGUAGUGAGAGAAGUCCGGGGACUCAAAGUGGGUGUCAAAGAUUGGCAUUGUCUGGACUUUGGUUCCACUGACUGUCACGAUUGCGCAAGUCUCGUGACGUGUCGGCUUUAACUUUAAUAACUUGAUUGCUUCACGUGAAAUGAAGUUGCGUCCAGAUCCUAGGUAGGCCGAAAGCACUUGUCCUUCAAUACUGACGGGAAUAAUUGCAGGUAGCACUUACUCCCCUGCGUAGUUGGUGUAGAUUGUAAGUGACACUCCAUCUGGAUUACUGCUUUCCCUCUCCGGUCUAUCGCACGUACGUCUGUGAUGCUUGUAUUUGCACUUCGCGCGAUACCGCCUAGGGCACUGGUCUGCUCUGUGGUGAACGUCCACAAUUAAAACACAAAUUGUGAUCACGAAGAACUUCUUCCUGUCCGCUAAAGUUGAUACUAGCGUACAGCCUUCACUCCAGUGCUCUUGUUUUAGUCAGAAAAGGCAACAGGGCUUCAGCUUGUCUCCUUGCUUCUGUGAGAACAGAUGCUUUUCACAUUUGCUGCUUUCGAAGUGAUUUCUCCUAAGCCACUUCUGCAGUGCAUCAAUCGGGUCUUCCACGGACCAUUCCUCCCAACUUUAGCCACUCUCACCAGAUCAGGCUUUAUCUGAGGUAACUUGUUAAGCGUAGUCAUAACAAACCCUUGCAACUUUUGGCCUUCUUUGAGGGUUUGAAGCGCGUUAUAGUUUCUACUCAGUUUCUCGUAGAAUUCUUGCACCCUAAAAUAAUUGGAUCCCUUGACUAGGAAUAAAUUGAUGAUUUCUUCCAUGUGCGCAUUCAUGACGACCUUUGUUUGCGUUGUGUAUUUCUUCAGGGUAUCCUGGUCUCGGCACCAAAAAUGAGCUGAUCAAUGAAACAACCCAUAGAACUCACAAUAACACGAUUUCCUGGUUUAUUUUCUCCUAAAGAACUCGCACUAAAUCUCACAAUACUCGAUGAAAACCCCACAAGGAAAACUCGCUCUCUUUUUCCGUCUCGUCCAGUUCCAGCUUACUUGCAUGUGUUCAUUACCUUACUUGGUAGUCCUAGCCCUGCUUUGGUAGUGCUACUAAACUUCACAAAACUGUGAGGGGUAGGGUUGGUAAAUCUCUCGUACAAACCAUUAUAAUGGCGUAACCAUUCUACUCGUUAGCCUACCCGUUUCCCGUUUCGGGUAAGAGGCAAUCUACCCGUAUCUACGGCCACUUGUACGGCUAAUUUACCUGUAACCGUACGUGGAAACAGUGUAUCUUAAGGUCUUUAAUCUUCCGGAAAUGGCUUACUUUUUAUUAGCCACUGUAUAAUGCUUGUUUUGUUGAUUUCUAGGCAACUCAUGGCGGUUUGCUACAGAAUUUUCUUGGGGGUUUUGAAGGCUCUGUAGAUAUUCUUCACUUACCAAAUUGUGGAGGAAAUGGACAAAAUUUGGAAGAGGCCUAUCCAGGAAAGACAAAGGUUAAUGUUGAAUACAUGUACAUUGUAUAUUAAUUACGAGAAUGGAAAAUCAUAAAAAAUCAAUAUUGUUUUAAUACAGGAGAAUGGCUGUCAGUCUUGUAGGGGUUUUUCUUUUUGAUUAUAUAUAUAAAUAUAAAAAAUUACCGUUAGGUUUAUAAUUGCACUUUGUCCUCUGGUAGCUUUACAGUGUUGUCAGUAAAUCAGCCAAUCUAUCAAUCAACCACCCAACCAACCAAUCAAUCAGUCAAUCAAUCAAUCAAUCAAUCAAUCAAUCAAUCAAUCAAUCAAUCAAUCAAUCAAUCAAUCAAUCAAUCAAGCAGUCAUUCAAGUGACCAGUUAUCAGGCAGUUGUUUAUUGAAGUAAAUUAUGAUUGUAUAUUUACAGUAUGUAUUUUUCACCCUAUUUACCCAUUCCCGCCUGAACAACUUGUUUAUAACCACCGAUGUCAUUUGCAAAUUUGCCAUCUUCUUUGUUCAUGGGAAUGAGAUCUUUCAAACUAUACUUGAGUGGACAUAAUUCAGUCGAACAGGCAAACGAAAAACAACAACAACAACGAUGACGACAAAACACAUGUAAAGUUGAUGACAAAAAUGGCAGUAAAAGGCUCUCCACUGCACUCCUGUGAAUUCUUCAGCAUAAUUUCACAACCCUAAGGGUUCUGAUGCAUAGAAACUUUUCCCAUCAAAGAAGAAUAGUUGAAGAAAAUGGAAAAAGAGAAAGGAAAAGCUAUAAGUUUGGGGGUAGUGUCACCAAGUGACCAACCCAAAACUUUACUUUCUGUCCAUUCCUUUGAAAACUGUAAUUCAGCCUCACAAACAGAAGGAAUGGUAAUGCUCGACUUGUAAGCAACGUUUUGGAUAGGUUGGUUCUUCUUUGACCAGAUACACUGUAGUAGUGACCAGAAAAGAGCUCAACUACAGUGUAGCUUGAAACUUUGGAAAUGUGUUACAAUAUUGGUUGCAGUAUACAUUGUACCUCAGAAUGCUGUGGAUUAACAAAAUUAACAUUAUGGCCUAUACAUGUAAUUAAACAGUGCAUGAUUUGUAUAAAAAUAUUAUUACAUGUACUUUUGUGAAUAAGGUAAGUUUUUCUUCAUCUCAUAUAAUGAAACAGAUUGAAAGGAACAAUAAUGUUUUAAUUUUUUUUGUUGCUCAGCCAAUCUGAAUAAAAAAAAAAUUCGUUCAAUAUUAGCUCUACAAAAAUGGAUAAACAGGUCCACGUAGGUUUUAAACUUCAAAGACCCUGCUUUCGAACAAGUUCCUAGACCAACAUACAUGAUUAGAUACGUCCACUUGUACUGUGUACCACUUAAUGCAUAUGUCUGGUGCUUUCUGUUUAUAGGUGAAGUGCCGUCUUUUGUAUAUAAAUGCCAAUACCAAGACAGUCGGACUUAGCCUGCAAGAGAAUGUGGUGCUUAACAAAGCUACCAGCUUUGGUAAUUGGUCCAUUGGAGACAUAGAAGAUGCUGUUGUGAUGAGAGUAGACCAAGGAAUGGGUCUAUUGAUGAGAUUAUCCGACAACAGUCUGGGGUUUGCUCAUGUAAGUACUUCCACUAACGGCCACUUUUUGUGGCGGACAGUCCAUACAUUGACUCUUGUUUGAACCUCUUUACAACGGCCACUUUCUUUUCUCCAUAAGGGUGGCCGUUGCGGAGAGGUUCAAUUAUAUUCAGAAUUAUCCUGGGUAGAAGCUAGAGAACAAGUUCUCUGUUGUCCUAGCCUUUAUUUUUCGUCCUUCUCCUUUUUUUCAUUUUUUUUUUAAUUAAUAAAAAAAAGUGUGUGUUUAUUAUGUGAAAUUACUACCAAGGGUACACGCACUAACACAACAUCUAGCGGUUUGAGAAUGGAGUUUUGCAAGGUUCUAUCCUAGAACCUCUUUACUUUACUCUUUCUAUGGCGCCUAUUCAAGACAUAAAGCUGCCCAUAACUUAGACUGUAUGUUCUAAGCAGAUGAUCCAUAUACACUACAUUACUGUUGAUCUUCUUGAUCAAUGCCCUGCCCUGAACACCCUUCAGUGUAUUUUCGAGAAGUAACAGCAUACAACACCAACAAUAAGAAAGUGUGCAGUCCUAGCAAAACAGAGAUCAUUCAGUUUAGUCCUUGUUCCGAUCAAAGAAUUCAGUUCUUACCGAUUGUUUGAUUGGCAACGCCACCAACAGACUGAGUCUGUAAUCUUGCAAGUCGUCGCCACCCCCUAACCCGUAGGGGGCGCGGGAGAGAAUCGCGCCCCCCCACGGUUUAGGGGGUGGAGACGGCUGACAUUUCAGACUAUUCUCCCCCCCCCCACCUAUAUAGGAACUUUAACAGUGUACAGCUGUAAGCAUUGACUGAAAUGAAAGUUAGGUAAGGUGUUAUUAAUAGUCGAAUUUAUGGUGCUUGUUUUUGUUAAAUUAUGUUUGCUGAUAGAUAUCUAGAGUGUCUGAUGAACGUGUAGAGAAAUUAGGAAAGAAAUACAAAGCUGGAACCACUCACAGGUAUUGUAGAACAAUAGCAACAGAAUUGUUUGUCGUUUUCCCUUUUGCUCUGUACUGUAGGUCCUAUACACGUCAAGUUAUGAUUCACUAAGGUAACAUGAUGUGAAGUAUAUAUGAAAUAAUUCAUUUUUGAACUGCGGUUGUAGAUGAAAGUGAAGAAUGAUCAUCGCAGUAAAUUUUCCAAUUUAAGCAAUUGGAAAGAAGAAGCCUGAAAAAAAAAAUCAGGCCUUCAACGGGAUUCGAACCCGUCACCUCCGCGUUACCGGUGCGUUGCUCUACCAACUGAGCUAUCAAGCCACACGUUGGGAGCGAGGUCAAUUAUGAUGUUAAAGGUAACAUGGUUGUAAAAAAGAUUCCCACUCCACCCCCCCCCCCCCCCCAAAAAACAGACAGGUGCAAGUUUUAUUUAGUUGUAAAUGACAUUAGAGAGCUUUAGAUUCUAAAACGAGGAGACUACGAGAACGAGAUUUUCCUAAUACUAAGUAGUGCGCGGGUGCGAACCAACGUCAUUUUGGUGGGAAAAUGUGAUAGCCAUCGUCAUUCUACUAAGAGUUUUAGCGAGAAUGUCGUAGUGGCGAAAACAAGCUAUCACAAUUACGAAUUUUUUCAUUUAGCGAUCGGGAGAGGGCUUUACCUCCUUCAACGGAAAUAAGCGAAGUAACUUCUGUGGUUAAAAAAGUACAAUGAUGCUUUCUGGAUGUGUAUUGUUAGGGAAUAGGCGAGAAAACUUAAAAUUGAAUAUCGUCCUCGUAGUUGUCCUCGCCAUGUAAUCGAAAGCUCUCUAUUAACGAAUAAAUGCCUGAAAGACAAUGGAGAAAUAUUUUAAACUCGAAGGUUGUAAUGACAACGCAGUGCUCGAUUUGAAACCAACGUUUUGGGCAAUUUAGCGUCUUUUUACCCAGAUUAUUGACCAGAAUAUAGAGUGACCAGCUUCAAGGUUAAUGUUAUUUAUUUUUUUUUGUAGGUGCCGCAUUCUUGGCUUCAACUCCUUAGAUGGACUUAUUACCCUGACUAUGGAAAAGUAAGAUCAUGAAAAGUAAUAAAACAACGAACGAAAGAACAAACAAACAAACGACUCUCACUCACGUUGGCUAUAAACAGUUACAGACAACACGUGAACAUUAUUGUUGUAACUGUUUAUACUUCAUGCAAACAACCGAAUGUAGCGUGUAACGUAAAAUAAUAGUGUGUGUAUUAAAAGAAGCAGGGGGAACAGCCACCAAAUUGAGUAAAACUUAAAAAUAACCGUUCAAAAAGUAAAAUUAAAAGAAGGUACAAAUAAAACAGGAAUACUUUAAGGUACCGAUGUACAAACGUAAAGAAGAUGAGAAGGGAUUACAAUCGUGGCAUUUGAAAACUUUUUAGCAGAAUAAAUUUCAAGUUUGUUUAUUUUUAUUGAAUUUAACAUUUGCUGUAAUGCUUGGAGGUAUGUUUGUUUGACACGAAGCUGCGAUUUUAUCAUUUACAAGAAAUUUCUUUAAACAACUGGCGAGAUCAUGCUACAAUCACGAACAAAUGUGGUUGACACACUUGUUGAAUACGCGCGCUUUUAUAAACAAUUUCAUUCAUUUAUCAUUUCAUUCUGUUUAAACGCCGUAAAAUUGAAUGAUUGGUUGUUUCAAUGUUUAUUUUCAAAGGUUAGUCAUAGAACAACCAUUCUUACGCUACCACGAUGUCAAGCCGGGAUCUCAAAUCAAGGUACAACCAACCUAACUUGAGAAAAUAGCCCACAUUUCGCGAAGCAACCACUGGCUUCCUCGAAACGAGCGCCGAAAUUCCAUACUGACGACGCAUCACUACCCAAAUCUGGGUAGUGCUUCUGAUUGGUCGAGCAGCGUGGGAAAUUUACUUCAGCCAGUCAGAAGCAUUACCCAGAUCUGGGUAGUGACGCGUCAUCAGUAUGGAAUUUCUGUUCUCGCUUCUCAGACGUCAUUUCAGGAAGAAACCAAUGGUGGUGCCGAAAAAUGUCGACUGUUUUCUCUACCCUCCCUAGCUGGCGGGAUUAGUGGGCGAGUGGUGUAGUUUUUUGGCGGCCGUUUUUUUCGCUGCUCGCGAAAAUUCCUCGCGGUGUCGCCGCUAGGGAUGAAAGUACACCGACCACAAGAAUCCGGCCAGCCUUUAAGGCUAGUUUUCUCAGGCCACAACCUGUCUGGCCGCUCUUUUUAUUCUGUUUGCAAUUUGAGUUUCCAUCCGGUAAUUAACUUAUGUAUAAUACUUGUGAAUCAUAAGAAACUACCCGCGUGGUAGUGCAAUCCUUGUAACGCUCUUGUCAACAUCAGUAUUAGUGCUCAUUUGUGAAAAAUGAAGAAAUUGACUCAAGAUCUAUUUAAGUCUAAAUGAUUUUAAGCAAUUGACCAGAGUACAGAAGAACAGAAAAGAAAGUGGCUAGUGAAUAGAAUGAAUGGCAUCUUGUCUCACUACCCACUGUAUUUUCAAAAUCUUUAAAAAAAGAAACGAAACUUUUCCAGCAGAAAUGAAGCUUUUUUGAAGGGAAAGAAAGCAAAAUCAUAUAACAGUCCCACGCGCUCAUCUUUUUAGAUAAAAAGUGUUUGAUUUCUGUGCAUCUCUGACCUGAAAAGCUGUAUUACAUGGGGUGAGCACCAGGAACGAACAGACCAGAAAAAAUAACAACAGCUUCAUAUUUUGUUAAUGGGAUAAUCGAAAUAAGGGUCCAGUGGCUAGUACAUGUUAGUUUGACACUGUGAUGCUACAUGUAUGUUUAUGUCGUUGUUAGGGCAAGAUAAUCACUCUGGCAAAGUUUGGAAUGCUGGUUUCUGUGUCAGAUCACAUCAGAGGCUUGUGUUCUACUCUUCAUUUAGCAGACAUCAACCUUAAACAUCCAGAAAAGAAAUUAAAGGAGGGAAAAGUUGUCAAAUGCAGGGUGAGUGAGUUUCAAGUGAGGUCUUAUCAGGUUUGGAUGUAGUGGAAUAAAGUCAAAGUAAAGAAUACAUAUCUUGAUAACUGGUUACAUAUCUUGGAAUGACUCGAGUAACUGCAAAAGAGGCCGCUGGUUACUGUAAACUGAGAUUAUUCUUUUGUACAGUUCUCUGCUGUGAAGCCGUCAUCUCCAAGACUUUCCACAGUACACCGAGCUUGUACAAGACCGAAGAUGGCACUGCAAUGUUCAAUAUUUUUAAGGAGAACUGCAGUCACUUGUUAAGAGGAGAACCUGUCAUGGCGAGACUGUACUGGAAUAAGUGGCCACUUUUCCGUUUUUCGCGGCCCGGCAAUCGCGAGGACGUACUACCAAUAGGAAGCUGUAGCAAGGACGACCGCGACGGCAACGAGAACGUCAUAAUUAAAAGAAGUAGGUCUAGUAAGCAAACAACAAUUUCGCUCGUGCUGCACGCUUUUUUGUUCAUUUCUUUGCCGUAACUACACGAAUAUGACGUGAAAUUCCUUAUGCGGCGUUUUAUGGAGAAAGUAAACACACGAAGACAUUUUUCCCCUCUUUUUGAGCUUUGAAUUAAACUCCAACAUUUGAAGCGAGUUGGAAUAAACGCGUCAACAAUGUAAAGGUUAGAAUUCGUGUUCAUAGUGACGUGUUUGCUGCCGUCACCGUCGUCGUUGCUGAAGCUAGUUAUGUUUGUUUGUAAGUGUAAAGACGUAACAGGACAUGCCUGUCAUGAAAAGGUCUUCUUUUACUGAAUAUCUUAUGAUCCACUCCCCUCAGGGCUUUCCAGGGAUAAUUUACAACACUGGUUGGGGGACUUUGCCAGACUGCGUAAGGUGCAGUUUACAAGUAAUGAAGGAAUGAGUAAUGAUGCCCCCAUACAUGAGUGUGAAAGUGUGAUAGACCACUAGACCGGGCACUAUGUGCCCUACUCUUAACGAAGAGUGUGUGAGUUCUUUAACUUCCCACAGAUUUAUUACUUAUGCAAGGGCUUGUGAGACGGGGCCUACGGUUUAUCAUCCUUAUCCGAGAAGACUAGAAAGUCUAUCCGUUUGUAGAUUUUAUUACAAAGGCAGCACUUUCUCCUCAGUUAUUUAAAGAUCCUGAGUGUUGGUCCGGCCCUGGUUUGAACCUACGGCCUCCCGCUCAGCAGACCGGCGCUUAUCCCAUUGAAUCCCAUUGAGCUAACCUGGGGGCGGUUAUUGGUUUUUUGGUCCAAGACCGUGACUGCAAGUCAUUCUGCUCGAUUGGCCGGUACAUUUUUUAGGAGUGAUGUUUCAGCUUUGUUUUUGUGGACUUUAAGGUCCUUUCAGUUGAACCUGAUCGCCGACGACUGCUGUUGACUCACAAAAAGACAAUGGUAGAAUCCGAUCUUCCUCUCAUCACAGACUACAGUGAUGCCAAGCCUGGUGUCAGCACUCAUGGCUUUGUUACUGCCAUCAAAGACUUUGGUUGCCUUGUAACAUUUUACAACAACGUGAAGGGUCUGGUACCUCGAACUGAACUGGGGCAAGUGUUAUGUACUUUAUGUACAAUUCUCUUCUUUUGAGACAAAAGGGGAACUGGGUCGAGUCAACUUACGCAAAGACUUCUGGGACUGUUACUAGGGAGAACGACAUUAAAAAUAGCCAAUUAUUCACCGAGCGUCCCCAGUAACCAUCCCAGAAACAAUUGCGGGACGCAAUUCCCUUUUUAUAUUUUUUAAGUGGUACAUGCUACGGCAGUAGUCCAGUUUUGAAUUAAAAAGUUGCGCUGAAUACAAACAUUAACGACACAUUUAUGCAGGGUUGACCUCGACACAAAGUAAAAUAUUCACAAAUUUCGGCAAGUAAGUGUUUGAAAUUGGAAAAUACACAGUAGACAGAGGAAUAAACAGGUCUUCUUCUCGUUGGAAUUUGUGAAUAUAUCUACUUCAAGUGGAGGCUAAGCCAGUGAAAAAUUCGUCUUCACUUCUUUUAUUCAGCGGGUAUAGCGAACUCGAAACUGGACUGUUGAGUUAUCAGUACACCCAUCCAUACUUGUAUUACUGACAGAUCGAAAAUUAGUGAGCAGAUUGUAUGAGUAUGAAAUAAUGAAUUAUUGAAAAAUCAUAUAUAGGAACGGCGGGGUGAAGAAUUAAAGGAAGGAAGAUCAUCGAGGUUAUAGAUGCAAAUUUUGCAGUUGUGAAAAGGAAGCCUGAAAAAUUCGGGCUUGUAUAGGAUAACAACCCUUGAUUGCUACGAUACUGUCCAAGCACUCUAACCAGUUGAGCUAAGAAGCCAACUGGUAGCAGGUCAUAGAGUUGGUUCGUUAUAAACGCUUGAAAGGGUGACGAUGAAAUAAUGAAUAUUUUUAAAAGCUGAAUCAUUGGAUAAUGCAAUUCUAGAGCUCUGAUUGGCUUAGCCAUCAUGGUAUGUGAGCCAUUAUACCAUGCUCUCCAAUUAUGGUAACUGUACGCGUCUGCUCAAAGUAAAAAAUAAGCUGAAAAUCGGUUAUUUUUACAAAUAUGGUCGGGAAGAAUUCUCGAUGUUUUGUGGGCGUUUUUAAUACAACAAUUAUUCCUUUCGCGCUUGUUGGAUAUGUGAUGAUUAUAGCCAACUCAUAUCCAACGCGCACUCGUGGAAUAAUUGUCAAAUGUGAAAAUCGUAUAUAGGAACGCGUGGUGAAGAUUGUAUCAGUGUUCGAAAGGUCAAAAUAAAGAUGUUAGUUUUUCUAGUAGGCUGUCAUAGUUAAAUGUGUAGGAAUGGCUAUAAAAAGGAUUGAAUCUUGACUUUCACCUGUGGUUCAUGGUUGUCGUAAAAUGUGAUGCCACACCAAGACUACGGUGAAUCUCUCCACAACGUCCACCUGCGAGGUUUAAAGAAGAGUCGAUGUAUGGACUGUCCAAUUUGUGAAUGAAAUCGGAAUCGGAAUCGAAUCAAUUACCUUAUUUCAAACCGAGCGUGGAUAAGAGUCCGUUUAUGAUGGGGUAAACAACACGAGACCCACAGAGUCAGAAAGACGAAAUCGAGAUUUAGAAAAUCCUCAAGUUUUGUGUUUAUUGGGCCUAUAUUGAACAAGAUACAGCAAUUUAGCAAUUUACUAAGAAAUAUAUAGAUGUCCGGAGAGUGUGUCCGGCAAUCCAUAAAUCUCUCAGUAAAUUUUCAAGUUCUUAAAUAGCUGUAUCUUGUUCAAUAUUGGCCCGAUUAACACCAACGUUGUGAAUUUUGCAAACCUUAGUGUGCUUCUUCCGACUAUGGGGGUCUCGUGUUCUUUGGUAAGUUUGCUGAGUUUGUAUUUUUUUGCACACAGGAUAUCCCCUGAUACUGAUCCACGAAGUGCGUUUUAUAUCGGUCAAGUGAUGAUAUGCUAUGUACUGAGCUGUCAGCCUGAUCAGGCCAAAUUAAGGCUCUCAUUCAAGGUACAACAUAACAUAAGCUUAAUUUUUCUUGCAUUUAAACGUCAGUUGCAUUAGUCACGUCUUACAGGUUUUACUUUAUUCCCCUCUCUUGCACAAGUUUAUUUGUAAAGUUGCUAACCAAUUGGCUUACCCUUUCCCUUAGGUUAGUUCAUUUACUGGAAUAAGAGUGUUAGAAAAGUCAGUAGGGAGGUUAAGCAGCCAUGUUUUUGAGCGAUUCGCUUCAACUGGAAUUGGACUUAUUGCACUCUUGAGCCGUGGUUUUGAAUACGUUUUUGGGUAAAUCGUCCCUUUAAGAGUAAGGACACUUAGCGAUACAAAUUUGGUAGCGUUGAGGCGUAUUAUAAACGAAAAAGGCUCACUUCCGGUUGACGAGCGUCACUCCAAAACAUCGCUUCUUUAACUCCCUAAUAUACCGUUACCACGUAAGCACAAAAGCGAGGCCUAAGGGCCACCAGAUUUCCCUCGAACUUAAAAAAAAAGUAAACAGGGUGCCGAAAACUAGGACGAUUUUUGAGUUAGAGGUUAAAAAUUAACCCCAAAAGAUAUUCCUGGAGCAGUUAUAGUGAAUGAACGCGCGUUGGAAAGUGGACAGUAGAGUAACUAACCUUUGGCAAGGAUCCUUCAGAAAUACAUGAAACGUCAAGACUGCUAUUAUCGGAACGAUUAUUGCAUUAGAACAGCAGCGCAGCAGUUGUGAGAACUAUUUUUUUUGUUGUAGUCGUAGGGUGCGCCUCUGCCACUUUAUACAAUUGAAUUGCAAUGUGACCCUUAGGCCUCGCUUUCAUGCCUACGUCGUAAUUGUGUAUAAUAAAUAUUGUGCUGCAAGUAUUUUGUACUUUGUUCCUGUCAUCCUCCUUGUGCCCAAUAUUUAUGUUCAAUGUUUUCGGUUGUCAGUUAGGAAACAAGGAGAUGCUCGUAAUACAUUGUAGUUUACCUGAUGAGAAGACUUCACGACCCAAUGUCCUGUAGUUUAACUCAAGUUAAUUUUGUUAUUAUUAAAAUCUUGUUGUAGUCAAGUUUCAAGUCUACUGCAGUUCCUUUGGAAACCGACAAAGUUGCAGGACUGGUGAGUUGAAUUUUACACAGCUUUGUCAGUCAUUUCCUGAUUGUAACAAUAACUAUCCCGUAACUAAAACUGGGAUUUUCCAAACGAGCAUUACAUGAACUCAUGCAGUCUGUCUUAUAAAGCCAAAGGUUUUACUCUAACCAAAUUACCGACAUUUAGAAGUUGCAGGUUAUCUGUUUGCCAAGACCGCGCUUCCAAGACAUUUCUGGAAGUCAGUCGCGCACGCCUAACUUUGGGGUCAUUUUUUAACGGAGCUGUAAAUGUCAGUCGGUCAUCGGACAAUGUCUGACAUUUUUUUGGUCCGUGUCCGUGGAAAACGUAACUGUGGUAGAGCAUGAUGUCUGAUCAAAAAUAUUUAAUAUCAAAGACUAUCACUUUGAGCACGAGCGGACUUCCUUCUUUCCUCAGUCCCACGCGCGGCAAGCGAGGAUGUAAAAUUAUGCAACUUAAUGAUAUAAACUCAAAAGAAAAACAAGAGGCUGCUCGCCGACUGAUUACUUUGCAGAUUAAUGAAAUUUGCCUUGAGAAAAUGUGAAUCUCUGUACCACCGAAAGAGCACUGGUAGUUAUCAGCCUAUCUGUAAAUUCCGCACCCACCGUGCACAAUUUUCGUCAAAGUGGCCCAAUGUGUCUUUGAUUGAAUCCGUCCGCUUUUUUUGUUUUGUCCGAGGAAAAUGGUCACUUGACUGGACAUAUGUCCUUCGAUGAAAGAACAUUUAUUUGCAGCUUUGUUAAAGGUAGCUAAAAUUGUUAACUUUUACCUCGACCUUGGUUAUUCUGGACAUCACAAAAAGCUCAUCCAAUACUGUUAAUUAUCCAGCAAUUCUAGCUGCGAGACCGAGAGUUUUUAAUAACCAUCCUACUUUUCAUCCAACAGCUGCUUGAAGGUGAUGUGGUAAACAAUAGUGCGGACGGGCUGGACAUUUUACUUCAGCCUAGUGGAGCUCCUGCAUUUCUCCCUGUUUCCCAUUUGUCGGAUCAUCUGAUUAACUGCAAAGCUCUUCUUUCUGUUUACGCUCCCUCUACUAAGCUGAAGAAUGUCGUUUAUUAUGGCAGGUCCAAGGACAAAUCUAUGGUAUCCUUGUACAUUUGUGCAAAAUUGCUCGCGCUUUAAAGCGAUGUUUUAAGCCACAGUUGUACCAAAUUGGAAAAUCGUGAUUUUGUGUCCAAGUUUGCGGAAAGAAUAGAAGGCACCGCUGUGAUUUCAUCAAUAAAUGAUUGGUUAAAACCUGUAGUGUGUCGUGUAUUGAGCAGAUUUUACAAUUUAAAGUUUGUCAGCAAGAUAUAAUCGUUUAAAUUAGCUAAAACUGUCGUCCCUGAAAUUAACACCUUAUAUCUUUUCAUAAAAGCGCUCUUUAAGAAUUCCGCUCAAUACAUUGCACACUACUGUCUACCAAGUAUACCCCUCUGCAGAGCCAACUCGCGAAGUUUUGUAUCUGCGCUGAAUUCUUGGACACAAAAUUUUCAAGUUUUGAGACUUCCGAGGGCGUCCCGACUACUACGCGAGUGCCAAGCAAGGCAUACCUAAUUGUGGUAAUUAUUUCAAUUACAUUCCACGCUUUAAUUUUGAUUAUAAGCUGCAAUGUUUACAAGGAUUUUUGAGACGUGUACUUGAACACUUUAAAUUAUACGCUCAUCUUUUGUCCAGUUAUGAAUGUCUCGUAAACCGGUCGGUGUUAGUCGUUGUGCUUCGUGCAAAUGCUUUAAAUAAAUACAUAACAGUGAGUUCAAGGUGUCCUCCGCGACCUUAAAGUGAAUAAGAUAGCAGGCUCGACAAUUCUUUAACACAUCAUUAUCACAGCUGGUAUCACUAAAACCCUCUCUUGUAAAAGCAGCAACAGAAAGAAGCCUUUUAAGAAGCUUUGGUGACCUAAAGGUUAGUACAUUAACCAAUAUCCUACAGUUAUUUGUGAUUAAAAGAGACUACCGUAACUAGCAUGCUAUCGAGAAUUUUACAAUCUGAAUGGCUAACAUACUCACCAUAGCUAGCAAUAAGCAGAUAAAAGGAUAAUGAGUAGCGAGCCGGCGUUUUGAAUGAAAACAGUGGCAAUUUCCUCAAAAAAUCUUUUGUUUGUGGACCUUUGUGUGUUUUCUGGUGCUUAAGUGGCCUCAGAAUACUGAAUGGAUUUUUUUUUAAUUUUAAGAAGUGCAGAUUUAGUUGUGUAUUUGUGGAAAACCGACGACGUUUUUUCGUGAAUUCCAGUUGUGUAAUAAAGGCUUGAAUUGAAGUACUGUCAUCAAACCUUUUGUACAGAACUGAAGGAAGUAUGCUAGUGGAUUUGUACUCAAAUAAUUGAACAGUAGGAUUAGCACCUUAAAACUUCAUUGUGACAAAGUAAGCGAAGUUAUCGUUACCGCAUUAUACAAGUUUAAUGAUAAUGCUCGCUUUUGCCUUCAAUAUAAUUUGUCUCUAGGUGGGAAUGAUUUUACCAGGCGUUGUCAAGAAGCUGAUGACUUAUGGAGUAUUCAUUGAAUUUUCCACUGGAAUUUUUGGCCUCGCUCCAAACUCUGUAAGUAUCAUGAAUGUACGCCAUCGUUUGGCACACGGACGGUUACCGACUGAUCGACUAAGCUCCUGCUAUUGACGCGGAGAUGUUAGCGGUUCAUCCCUCUCCAUGUGCAAAAUGUCGGUGACAAAGGAAAGAAAGAAGAAGGAAAGGGAAAGAAAUCCAUACUUAUUCUCCUGAAAAGCAAAUUUAUUUCAAUUUUACACUUACUGAUUUAAUUCUGAAUUCCUGUUAUUUCCUUCCAGUUUCUAGCCGAUCAGUUUGUGUCUGAGCCUGCUUCACAUUUUAAAAUUGGACAGACAGUUAUGGCAAAGGUUUGAAAUUACAAUCAUUAAUGUAUGAGUUAAAGGGUCUUGAAGGGGCUGUGUCACGCUAAUUAUAAUCAUUAAUGUAUGAGUUAAAGAUUCUUGAAGGGGCUAUGUCACGCUCAUUAUAAUAAUUAAUGUAUGAGUUAAAGAUUCUUAAAGGGGCUAUAUCACGCUAAUUAUAAUCAAAAUGUAUGAGUUAAAGGUUCUUAAAGGUACUAUGUCACGCUAAUUGUAACCAUUAAUGUAUGAGUUAAAGGUACUCAAAAGGGCUAUGUCACGCUAAUUGCUAUCUUUUUAAAAAGCUUAAAUCAAUUGAAUUCCAAAAAUAACUCUCCAGUUUUGUUAUUCAAGAAUAUAUUUGUCCCCCGAAUACAAUCAACUCUCUUUAUAGCGGACACUGUAGGGACCUCGAGAUAUUGUCCUCAUUAGCGAGAGUCUGUAAUAGCGGGUGGCUAUUUCAGUCAAACAUCUGUAAUUUAUUUUUGCCUGGGAUUUAGCUGUUUUCCGUAUUAUCGGGUUGCCCGUUAUAGCGGGGUGUCUGCAAGGCGAGACUUUGAUUGUAUUUAGGCGUUGAAACUGUUUCCUACCGUCCAUUGCAACGGAUGGCACGGAUGGACGUGGAUUGAACUUAAGAAAAGUUGGGCACCUUUUUUAAGUUUUUGUUGCUGUGCCUGCAAAUAUCACCCCCCAAAAAUUAUGGUUAGUGCUCACUGAUGAAAUUUGUUUGAUAUCUUGUUCAGGGAGCAUUUUGUGUCUGAGUAAAGGCACUAAGUAAUGAGUCCAGCAUAGAAUUGAGCUAAAACAGCAAUAUUCUCGUGACAAAGCCCAUUUAAACCACGCCAAAAUGCAGAGCUUUCAUUCACUCCAAAAUCAUUAACCUCGGUCUCUGUCGUUCCUUUCUUUUGCUCGCCAUGAUUGUUGACUUUGGUCAAAUGUAAGCUUAAAACCGGCAAUACCGAUAUCUAUAAAAGCUCGUAAGCUUGCUUGCUUGUUUUCUUUAGUUAGCUUGUUUGUUUAAUUUCAAAAACGUAGUGAAGCAUGAGAUUUCCCGUCGAAAAACGCGGGUUGCCUAUAAGAGUUCCUAUCAAAAACGUGCGACAUAUGGACGGUAGAAAGGAUGGUUGAACAGCAACUACCACUCAAAAAAAAAUUUUUUUUUCAUCCUUUUAAAACGUAUUCUACAAAUUAAUGACAGCUUUGAUUGGGUUUCCCAGCCAUAUAAUGCUGAACAUAUCAAAAUCUACUUGAAAAAUCCACAACAAUAAUUUUUCCAUGGGCUGAACUCUUGUCAACCAUGGAAUGACGUCAAUAUGUUCAAAACUCAAGUAGAACCACUAUAUAGCCGCAGGCGAGUGGUUUCACGGCAAAGUUUUGAACAUUUUUACGUCAUUUCUUUGGUCGGUAAGAGUACAGACCAUGGAAAUUGCUGUCCAGUUGUCUUUUUACAAUAACAUUGACAAUUUCGGACGUUCAUUUCCGUCGAAGAUUCUCGGAAAAUCGUCCAAGUAAGAAAGAGAAAAAAAAUUGCGUCACCAUCUCGUCAUUUCCAAAGUAUGUACUCUUUUCGACCAAAGAUCUCGACCAAUCUAUCAGCGCGAGAAGUUAUUGCAAGUUAUUGUAAAAAAUGUUCUGGAGACGAGGUAAUACAGUUUGAAAAGAAAUGGAAAAUGAAACAUUUGAAAUUGAGGUAAGCUCUGCGUCUGCAUUGUCGAAAGCAUGUCGAUUCACAGGCGCAGCGAAUUUUACUUAGGUCCAGUUCAUAGGAAUUCCACCAGGCUGAAACUGUUUACUCAAUUGAAUUCGAAAUAAUCUGGUUUCAAUUGUCUACACGAAUUCGCAAAUCCGUCGGUUCCCAAAAAAAACAAAAACAAAACAAUACAAAACGAAAACACACUCUGGAGAGUGGUUUCAAAAAGAUGCUGUAUCGAUGAGCGGUUUCACUGAUUUCGUCUGGACGGAAGGCCGAUUCGGGUAAAAAAAAAUCUGGUUUCAAAAAUAUCCUGAUUCGUGUGAUCAUGGCCUUGCUUAAAACCAACACACCGUAUUUUCUCCAAUCUUUGUAUGUUAGGUGACCGAAAUUGAUGCGGAGAGACAAAGAUUUCUCGUCAGCCUCAAGCCGUCUGAAUGCUUCCCAGAACGAUACUCUGGAGGCUAUGAUGUUGUAAGUGGAGUAGAACUGUUGGAAAAUUUUCUAUCGGAAAGACAGAAGAUUGCACUGCAGCUGGCAGCCAGUUCAGGUAUUUCUCAGCUUGACAGACUAAGGCCAAGUCCAAACGUCGAACUUGAACUUUUCAUGAGAGGACCAAACUUAGUGAGUGAAGUUCAUGAAAAGUUCGACGUCUUGCUCAGUUACGUUCAUGUGAAUGCGUUUGCCGGGAUCGUCCAACACGUUCUUUCCGUCUGAGGAUCGUUUCCGGGACAAACGUCGAUCUUCACAUGCGACGAACUAAUUAAAACUAAUGAAUGAAAAAUUUGUAUGAUAGUUUAUCUUUAGCCUCGUUAGGGAAAAAAAUUUAUUAAAAUUCCUGUUUGGUCUGAUCCAGUUUAUUGGUUCGAAGCGUCUUAAGUUGGACGCCUGACCCAAUAGACGAUCUUAACUUUAUUUAGGUCGACCCAAAUUAGAGUUUGGUUCGUCUCAUGAAAAUUUCGACGUUUGGCCUACUGUAGGCUUAAGUGAAUUUUUUGUUGCCUCUGAGGUGAAGAAUAGCGGAAAAUAUCAUUUACAAAAUAAGGAAUUGAUUACUUACGCCCUCAUUUCAAGCUUUUAAAAAUUGAAUUGCCCUUAUUACAUGUUAUUAUUAUUUUCCAUAUUGUUUUCAUAGAGGAGAUGAAAGUUCUGACCUCGUUGACCCCAGGAACCUGUGUUGAAGCAAAGGUGAUUUUACAAAAAUUGACAUCAAUAUGAUUUACUUUUUUAUUAUCUACUAGUAGACCCUUGUAUCACUCGCUAACGAUCACUACGCCACCCACAUUUAACUGCCUAAGGACAGUAGUCUGGCCAUGCUCUAGCCUGUUCCAGGCGUUCAGAUAGUGGGGAGCGGUGCGAAGUAAAAAGGAGCUUACUCCGCAACGCUCUCCACUAUCUGAACGCUUGGAACAGGCUAGCCAUGCUCUGGUUUCUCACUCUCUAUCUUUUUGAAAUUUUAUGAAUAUUAUGGUAGUUUCCGCUUUGGUCAAUUGUUUUUAUCAGGUUGUUCAUGUGAAGUUUCAAGGCAUCGUGUUGCAGCUAGCUGAUAGAGUCCAGGGAUUUGUUCCACAUCAGCUAGCUAAAGGUCGGUUUAUAUAAACCCCGGCUGGAAUCCGUUAUUCUCUGUUUUCAUUGUCACCUGGCUAUCGAAAUAAAAAUCGAAAUCAUUCAACACAGAAAGUGAGAAAUGAAAGGAGAUAAAUAGGCAAAAAAACUUACCGAAGAAUCUGGUCUGUGCGAUAUUUGAUAUACGAAAUAAUCGAAAGAAUUUUAUGAACACUUACGGCUGGUUUUCACAAGCGACGGAAUCGGAGUCGUAAGCGGAGUGGUAAGAGCGCUUAUGACCUAAUGAAAGUCAAAAAUCGGAGUCGUAAGCGGAGUCAUAAGCGCGACGGAAUCGGAGUUCGAAGAAUCAGAAGGUUUCCAUUUCUUCCGACUCAGUCGCUUACCUUCCGCGUAUGAUCUAGCGGAAACCAGAUUGUCGGAGUCGGAAGCAGAAGUGGAAGGAUAAACCAAUCACAAUGCACGUUCCCACGCUUUGUGAUUGGUUUAGUUCUUCCGCUUCUGCUUGCGACUCCGACAACCUAGUUUUCACUUGAUCGUAAACGACGGAGUAAGCGGAAUCAGAACGCUAUUUUCACUAGAUCGUAAAGUUGUACGCCCCUGUUUACGACUUCGACUCCGACUCCGUCGCUAGUGAAUACCAGCCAUUAUAGAGCUUUGUAUGAAGACGCUGUGUUGGCAUGAAAAAGGCUUAGAAAUUCUAGCUCCUCUAUCGCAAAACGAAGAAUCCUUUCCAACCGAGAAUUUGUAAAGUGUUCAAGUGUGCUGUAAUGCCACAUGAAAUUAAGCACUCAGAAGAAUCAAUAAUUCCUUAGUCUGAAUUUUGGUGACGUCAUUCAUCUGACAACCCAGAAUACCUUAUUACAGGAAAUUAACGAUGCACUUCAUUAAAAAUCGCGUUAAUUUAAUGCGUCUUAAUCUACGUCAAUGUUAAUUUAAAUCUCACUAUUUUACAUCGUUGUGUUACAGCACCUUUAUUUCAAUAACAAAACCUCGUUUUCUCAUAGUUCCUCUAUCAACGCCUCGGAGUCACUAUCUGAUAGUUCUUCUUUAAGAAUUGGGUGCAAAAUGUCUUUUGACUGGUCUUCGUGUUGAUCCGUUUCCCCGAGGAUGACUGAAAAUGCUAUUUUUUUCCUUUAGAUAUAUACGUUGAGAAGUUUGUAUUGCAGCAAAUUCGCGUAAAAUAAGGUGCACGUUGCUUUCGGAGAUUUACCGUUAAUUUGAUGUAUGUAAACCUUACUUUUGGAACAUUCGUGUAAAUUUGUGCAUCGCUAAUUUCCAAUAAUAAGGUAGUCCAAUAUUAACUGUCUUUAUUUGUUUUUAUUGAAGGAGUAAGUUGUGACCCUGGCGAAGUUGUAUUUGGUUGUGUAUUGGACUGGGAUUUUGACAAGAAGGUGGUCUUCAUCUCGUUGAACCAACAGCUGGUAGCACAACGAAAAACUGUGAAUUCUCAGAAAGUUAAACAAAAGAAGGUAACGUUCAGUUAACGUUUUAUCUCCAGAGGUUCCCAAACCUAAAACUGGGCACAAGGGAAAACCGUCUUAGUGGAAAAUAUUCAAAUGCAAUGUGUACUUACCAUUUAUGUUGUCGGUUUCAGAUCUUUAUUAAAAGGGGCCAUGUCAUAUUAUUUUGCUACUUCUUUGAAAGGCUAAAACUUGCCUUCGCAUCUAUUUUUUUUACCCAAAAAUUAUGGGCUAGGUUUGUUAUUUAGGGCUAUAUUUAAGUAUUGAAAAAAAUUUCUGUCGUCUGUUGCGACGGAUGGCAAGGAUGAACAUGGAUUGAAACUUAGAAAAGUUGGGCUAACUUUUGCAAGUUUUAAUGCUUUACCUGCAAAAACCACCGCGAAAUCAUUAUUAUGAUUAGUGCAUUAAAUUUGUUUGAUAUAUUUUGCUUAUGGGAAAAGACACUAAGUAAUGACUUAAACAGAGAAUUGACUUAAACAGCAGUAUCCUCGUGAUACAGCCCCUUUAAAGCUACGGUAAAACGGGCAACAAAAACGUGCAACUUGUCUUGCAACAUUGCUGCAAAACGAGUUGAAAAGCGAUGUUGAGCGUUUUACCACUCAUCAAUCAAACCUGUCUUGCAACAAAUCAGUUUGCUGCAAGUUGCGUGAAUACUGACUUCUAAUUGGAUAAAAUUACGCGGAAGUCACGCCGCACACGGGAGUUACGUCACUGGUUGCAAAACAAGUUUGCUUUGGGCCGGUAAAGCGCACAACAUGUACAGAUUUUGUUGCAAAAAGUAGAACUAGUCUCUACUUUCUACAACAAGACAUUUGUUUGGUGGGUGGUAAAACGCGCAACAUCGCUAUUCAACCGCGUUUUGCAAAAAACGAGUUGCGCGUUUGUGCGGCCCGUUUUACCGAACCUUAAGUAAGUGGCUCAUCCAGCUUUUCCAUUUCCUAAGAUAAGAGGGGGACCCGGCCUUGAAAAUAAUCUUUUCUCGGCCCAGCGGGCCUCAGUUUUGCCUGAAAUUAUUAAUCUCGCGUGAAAGACUGUUGAUUGGCGUUUUCUUACGUUAGCCUUAAUUUCAUUUAGUCUCAUUUAAAGUUUUCUAUCCUGCAGCUAAAAAGUGGACAGGAAGUUGAAGCUUGUGUCCAACUCAUCAAAGAUAACUUCAUUGUGGUGAUACUUCCUCAGCAUGGCUACCGGCUGGCUUAUUCACCUACUAAACUGGUAUGGGUUAUUGUAGACCUAGGAGUUGGGUCUAUUUGUCGAAGAAGUCCGUAAAUUUUACCUGUCAGUCGAAGAAAACGCACUUUACUCAAAUCAUUAAUGAUUAAAAAUAAUUACAAGUCUGACUGAUCUGUGAGUAGCAUUGGUCAGUCAUUUUCGAAGUCAUUACUAUCUCAAAACGUAUUGUUAAUUAAGUCUCAUAGUCUUAUUAGGUUCGAAAUUUCUAUUGAAAGAAAGAGAACAGAGAAAAGAACAAUAAAUAAAUACGUAAAUAAAUUGGAUAACAUAAAAAAAGUAAUUAAACGAAUUGAACUAAAUACUGUAAACUAGCACGGAAGAUUAGAAAAGAUUAAGCAAAGCAGGAAUUAAAAGUUAGCAAUUAGUUAUUAAUGAUAAAUGAGACAACAGCCAGUCUGUCGAUAAAGAAAUCAGUCAGUCAGUGAGUUCGGCAAUUCAGUUUGUAGUCAGUCUGUUUGGUCAUCAGCCUGCAAGUCAAUGAAUUGAACGGUUUAUCGCUUCACCCGUGAGUCAAUGAAUUAACCAGUCAGUCGCUCCAGUGUUUGGUCAGUUAGUCUUUCAGGCAGUUAUUCAUUGGUUAGUCGGCCAGUCAGUAAUUACCCUGCGAGCAGAGGCUACAUUUUCGCGGUAUGAGCUAGCGUGCGAAAAGUAGCUACUUUUCGCACGCCAACUCAUACCGCGAAAAUGUAGCCUCUGCUCGCAGGGUAGUCAGUAAUAUAACUACUUCAGUCACUGAGUCUGUGGUUCAGUCAGUUUGUCAAUUCAUUAGGCACUCAAUGCAUAUGUCAGUCAGUCUGUCCGUUCAUUAGGCAGUCAAUAAAUCAAUUAUUCAGUCGACUCAUCAACCUGUCAAUCUGUCAGUCAGUCUGACAGCCGGUCGGUUGGUCAAUCAGUCAGUCAGUAAAUCUGACUGUCAGUUAAUCUAUCAUUCUCCCAGUUCAUAACCUGCCCAAUGAAUCGGUCAGUAAGUCAAUAUCCUGUUGAUUCAUCAGUCAGUCAUUAGGGUGUUUUGUCUGUUCGUCAUUUCUCGACAAGUACUUCCAUUCAAUUUUACAUAAAAUGCAACCAUAACAUACAUUUCUCGUAAGAAGAAAAUUUUAUUUCGCUCUUUUAAGUGUUAUUUUUUUCUUUCCUAGCAUUUAAAUGACAUCAGCGAUGCGUCCAAACGAUUUGCAGUAGGACAGACGUAUUCUGCUUUUGUACAACGACAAGGAAGUAUGAAAGAUAAUCUUCUACCGCUCGUAACGCUUCGAGAAAAACACGUUGAAAAGGAAAAUAUUAUACCUGGGGCCAUAACCACUGUACAGUAAGUAACUAAGGAGUAAUUAAAACUUUGUAUUUAAAAAAAGUCUCACGAGAGAGAAUUUUUGCUUUGUAGGGUUAAAUCAGUCAAAGACUUUCAGAUGAACGUGAACUUAUGCGGUGGAAAAUUUCACGGAAGAGUGCAUGUCACACAUGUUUGUGAUGAAGUCACGGAGGUGAGAAUAUAAAAUGGAGGUUGGAGAACACGGGAAGUAAAGUUCAAGGGAUAUGUCCCAGGGAUACCGGUAUAUUCCGGGAAUAUGUUGGUCCCAGGGAUUUGUCGCGGUGAUAUGUCCCAGAAUUAUUUGAAGGGAUGUGUUCCAAGGAUAUGUCCCAGUGUGUUUUCUGGGGAUAUGUCUCAGAGAUAUGUUGCCUGAAUACCGGUAUAUUCCGGGAAUAUGUUGGUCCCAGGAUUUAUUGCAGUGAUAUGUCCCAGAGUUAUUUGAAGGAAUGUGUCCCAAGGAUAUGUCCCAGGGUUAUGUUGUAAAGGUAUGUCCCUGGGAUAUGUUGCAAGGAUAUGUCCCAGAGAUAUGUUCUAGAGAUAUGUUCCAGCGAUACGUUUCAGGGACAACAUUUCCAGGGCUUGCACAGUCUUCACAAGUCCUUGAAGUUUAGGGGAAGUCCUUGGAAAGUCCUUAAAUUUCUGUGCAAGUCCUUGAAAGGUCCUUGAAUUUUCUUCAACAUUGAAUGUAGUGGCCUGGAAAGUGUUUUUGAUGUUUUUUGGUUGUCUAAAACAGUAUAUAAGUCAUAACUGAGAGAAUUUAAAGGUUAUUUGCAUAAAGUGCUCUAUGUUUUAUGCAAUAAUUAAGUAUCAAUUUAAGACAAGUGAACUGAAAAAUGUAGAGAAGUUGGUGAAGCAAACAGUUCAAGCCUUAAAGUCUCAUUAGAAGAGACUGGGAAUGUGCAGUUUUCUACCAGCUGUGAAAUUAUAUUCCUAGUAGGUGGUCCUUGAAAAUCUAAUGUGAUCCUUAACAAAGUCCGUGAAAAAUGGUUGCAUUUUUUUGUUUAAACCCCGAAUUCUGUGUGGGGUGAAAAUGUGCACAGUAGUGAAAUUUGUCCUCGCAACGGAAUCAAUAGUUGAAUCUACGACCAGCCUUUUUUGUGUAUGUGCUCUGGGAAAGAUGGCAAAAACACUUGUUUCCACGUCAUUUUCCCGCGUACUGUCAACUCGCUUUUGACAUAUGCUUCUGCGUUUGUUGAGUCAUCUCUUAUUUUGUAGGGCGAGUCUCCUUUCAAAGCUUUUCAUAAUGGAGACAAGGUUCAAGUUAAAAUAAUGGGAUUCAGGGACACAAAGACACACAAGUAAGUUCGUAUAUAAGAUGUGUCUGUGAUAGCUCACAGUUCGUUAAUGCUUUAUUUGAAAAUGGGGUAACCUAUAUGGUGUUAUGUCGCGAUCGUUGGAGCUGAAAGAGAAGUCCCGGGCGACAAUAAAUCUUCUGUAAUUAAAGGCUUACAUUAGACUUACAGCGUUGCUCAAACUACCCUUUGCUAUGCACUACAGCUUUGAUUUAUUGUCUGUUUCUGUACUAGAUUCCUACCUAUAUCACAUCAAAAUUUUACCAAGGCUGUGGCAGAGCUUACAAUGAAACCAAGGUAAUGCUGUUAUCAUUCAUUACGUAAAUUCACCCGAAUUUCAAUCCUUUCUUUUCAUGCAAAGUCCAUAUUUUACAACGUGAUUACCAAAAACAUGCAGUAGCCUACAAAAACAAACAAUUUGAACGUACGUGAAAUUAAAGGGGACAGACAGCUAACUGUUGUUGCUAGAAAUAUCUAUAUGUCGUAACUGUUCAUUAGUACAAUGCCUAAAAUGUGUGCAAUUCCACAAUAGGUUUUUGGCGAGGUCACCAAACGGAAUCUAGAGGACUUAAAGAUUUAUUCUUCCUAGAUAGUUCAAGGGCAUUUGCCCAAAAGGUUUACUGUUCCCAAAGAGGUUACUGUUCAGUUUGCAGUAAACCAUGUUUGUGGUUACGUUUAUUCCUAUCUGUAGUAAGUUUAUAUUCUUAAACAGUAGUAAAGCAGGGACCGGUUAGACUCCUUUUUUCGAAGGAAUGCAUUAACACCUAUGGCGUCAUGGCUUUUUGCCUUUGUCUCAUUAAUAAUUGUAGUGUACAGUCUUGGUCUUGUAGGCUGGUGGAGGGAACUUUUUCUGACCUUUCUGGUGUAAGAAUUCUCCUUCUUCCAAAAAAUAAAUGAGAUUACAUGAUCAUGUGCUAUAUAGUUUUAGGUCAUAUAACCCGUUUGAUAGAUUUACUAGUUAUUUCAAAAUCGAUAAAUACAUUGCUUUUUGAAUUUGGUUGACUAAAACAUAAGAAAAGUGUUCAUUGGCUGACUUAGCCUGUAACUCAAAAUCACUGUGCCAGAACGUAAUUAUGCAAGUUCUAUUUCCUGCCGUUUUCAUCGUCUGUUACGGACAACGAAUUAUUCUAGUUCCGUUUCACUGAUUCUUGGUGUGCAAAUCGUGCAUAUUUUUGAGUUCGAAGGCAAACUAGCUAUUUCCAUUUCUAAACACAAUGUUUGACUCACCUUUACCCCCUUCUCAUUUCUUCACAAUUCAAUUAUUUCGGCCCUCCUCAUUUUUUGUUCCCUCCACCACCACCACCACCACCACCACCAUAUUUGACCUUACUGGGAUUUGAAAGGCGAGAACAGGAAUCGUUUACAACUGAUAACUAUUUGAAAAUGUUUCUUGAUGUGUUGAGUAAGGCUGUGUUCAUACCAUACCGUAUGGCUUUUGCUCCGGCACGAAAAAUCGUACCGUAUUGGGAUUCUGUUCACACAUAAAGACGUUGAUUUCGGCGCGAUUUCUGUAACGAAGAGAAGCCAGGCCGCGCCGACUCUAAAUUGGAGAAUCUUAUAUAGGAUAGGAGUUCACACCAUACCGGAUAGCUUUUGUGCAGUGUGAACUUAGCCUAAGAUAACCAUGCGACGUAUUAACAGUGAGGGUUUUUUUCUUGGUAAUUUGUCAAGUGAGUUGUCGCCAGGCAGCGCUGGAAAAGAGGACACGGAAUCCACCGAGGACUGUGAGUUGGACAAGAAACUGGAUCAGUAUAAAGUUGGAGAAGAACUAAAUUGCUUCGUGAAGAUGGUGAGUUUCAUUAAAAACCCUGUAAGAACAUAAUUGUGAAUAUUACCAGGAAUGGUACCGUCGAUAACACAGUUAAAAACCAUUUGUUCGCUCGUGAUAGUUCAAGCAAUGUCUUUGUACAUAGCCUCAGUAUUAGGUAUCACAUUAACUUGGAUAUUUCUUUGCUCUUUGUAGGCCACUGAUCACUGCGUAUGGAUGAUGGCGAGUCCGUCAGUUAAUGGAAGAGUUACACUAUUACAUGCUUCUUCAGAUGUGGAGGUAGAGUUGAGACCAUCAGAUGUAUUCUAUCUAAAAGCCUUGCUUUUAACCAAGAUGAAAAUAUGACAGACCCGCCAACUUUUUUGCCCUAAAAUUAGGAAACAUACCUCGUUUAAAGGUCAUUCAUCCUGAGCGAGCGAAGGCGUUGCUCCACAAGGACGCGAAAUUUUACAGACGUUUGUAUGGUGGGGGGCACGAUCUCCUUCCCCCCUUCCCCCCCCCCUGUACAAAAGCCUGUAAAAUUCGGUGACUUACUGGAGCUAUAUCCUCGUUAGUUUUAAACAAAUCACUUUCAAACUUGGCAGCUUCUCCGGUUUCAAGGUGUUCUUUCCAGCUGUGUUCACGAGUUUUUGCUAACUGGUCCCAGAAUCCCAGUUAAAAAUUGAAGCUGUGGAAGGGUCUAUUGUGAUUAGCAUACAUAAGAGGUGUAGAAAAUGGUUCGUCGAUUCUCCCUUUCUUUUUUGUUUUGUUUUGUUUGUUUUUCGUUAGCCUGUUCCAGGCGUUCAGAUUGUGGGGACGGCGCAAAGAGAUGUGAGCAGAAAAACAGCGAAGGGGUGGGGUAGGGAGUACAAGGGAAGGAACCUCCUCUCUUCCCCUCUUCCUCCUAAUUUUUUUUCCCGCUUUCUGACUUUGCGCCACACUCUAACAGAGAGCUUUAGAUUCGUGGACGAGGACGACAACGAGUACGAGAUUUUCUCAAUACUGAGUACAUGUAUUGCUUAUGCGUGCGACAGCGUCAUUUUGGCGGGAAAACGUGAUAGCCGUCGUCAUUUUACAACGGGUUUCAGCGAGAAUGUCCUAGUGGCGUGAACAGGUUAUCAAAUGUGAGAAGUUUUAUCAUUUUGCCAUCGAGAGAGGGCUUAACCUCCUUCACUAUAAAUAACCGUACGAACUUUUUUGGUGAAAAAGAAAAGUAAAAUGAAGCUUUCCGGGGUGUCUUCUUUUUGAGAACACGCGCAAAAGCUUUAAGUUAAAUCUCGUACUCGUACUCGUUCUCGUCCUCAAAUCUAAAGCUCUGUAUUAUCUGGACGCCUAGAACAAGCUAGUUUUUCGUGUCAUUACCGGUAACUCCUUAUUUUUCGACUGCUUCAUUAGACACCAUCAAGUUUGUUGUUGUUGUUCUUUUUUUUUUCAGUACCAUUCUGUUUAUUGCAUCGUAUCUUGUUUUCAGGUACUGAAGUCACUGAAGACACGUUUUAAGCCCGGUGAUGGCUACAGAUGCAUGGUAUUGAAUGUAGACAAGGAGCGAAACUUCCUGGAUCUUUCAAUCGCCGGUAACCUUGUUUAAAUUUCAGUGAGCCACUGUUAUUGCUGUCGUCCAUAGCAAACAAUUUUAGUGAUGUAGGGAGAUCACUUUCUUGCGAUUCCUGUCACAUGAAACUGGUGGAAUGGUCAGGGCUUACAUUUGAUAAGGAAGUGCUGCUCAGGAAACAUUAGCAGACUACCCUAAGGGAGAGGAUAUGGUGCCUACCAUAAAUUUGUAAGGCUCCUCUCAUCCGCUGACCAAUUGCGCACGCAUAUAUGGGACAAGUAACGUGGUAAACUCAUGCGACUUACAGUCAACUAUAAUAACCGUUUGCAAUAUAAACUACACAAAAGAUGAUUGCGGCGUUAACAAACUCGAAACUGUGUGCCCCCUGUAAUUCGUUUCUCAAGUUCAGUGGCUCGUGAGCCCUUUGGUUUUUGCUUGUUAAACGCUCAUUGGCGUACACACGUGGGCCUUAUUCUCGAAUUUCUCUUUUCCAGUCAAAGCCGAUUCAGCCUUCAAUCCUGGCAAAGUGAUUGUUGGUCAAAUUUCAAAGGUUCUUCCCGAUCAAGCCCUCUAUGUCCGGCUGCCCUUGCAAAAGAGCGGUAUGGUCGCUCUGACUGAUCUCCGGGACAGCUACGUGGACAAUCCUUUAGAAGGCUUUGAAGUUAAUCAAAUUUUACGGUAAGUGGACUCCGUUACUGAUUAAUAGUUAGUAGUCCCAACCCUUAUGGGGCUGUGAAGUACCACUGAGCUGCACUUCCCUUUGUUAUUGUUCAUGAUGUUGGUGAAGGCGAUUCUAACUUAAGAGCGCGUUUAUAAAAACUCUGAGCGCUUUGAAAUUCUUUUUUGAAGCAGCUGAGCAGUUUUAUCUUGAGAUAAGCUCGCUCUAUUUGUUUUUCCAUCUGUGGGUGAACAGCAUUUAAAUAAGAAACUUUUGAGGAUUUCUUUCCAGAGGUACUAAUUGGCAGCACAUAACAUUCGCCGGCUAGUAGAAGUCUUCCGUUUCACAAUAGGGACCUUAAGAUCCGACGGUGACAGCAACGGCAACAAGAACGUCAAAAAAAGGCAAUGGUGAAAUAAGCAAAACAACUAUGCACGUGCUUCAUGUUUUUUUGUACAUUUCUAUGCUGUCACUACACGACCACGACUUGAAAAUGCCCAAUUUCACGUUUAUAGAGGACGUAAUCAAGCCACGACAAAAUUUUCUUUCUUUUUCUGAACUUGGAUAUGGUUCUUCAUAAUUUAACUCCAGAUUAUUUGGCCUACAACUGGCAUAGUAAGUGAUUUUGUCGAAUCGCAAUGAAGAUUAAAAGAACAAGAAUUCAUUUUUUAAGCGAAAUUUGCGCUGUCGUGGCCAUCGUUGGAUCUUAAAGGCACGGAAAAAACGGGUAACAAAACCGUGCAACUUGUUUUGGAACAUUGCUGCAAAAGCAUUGUUGCGCGUUUUAACUCUCCUGGAACAAAUCAGGUUUGCGUGAAAACUGACUUUUGAUUACGCGGGAGUCACGCCAUUGACGAGAGUUACGUCACUUGCUGCAAAACAAGUUUGUCUUGGGCCGGUAAAACACACAACAGAGCAAAAAGUGGGACUACUCAAAAACAUCUUUUCUCAACCUGCAACAACACGAUUUGUUGGAGGACAGGUGUGAAGGUGGGUGGUAAAACGCAUAACAUCGCUAUUCAACUCGUGUCGCAGCAGUGUUACAAGACGAGUUGCACGUUUUUGCUUCCCGUUUUAUCCUACCUUUAAUUAAGACCCUGUUUACAUGGAGUGGGGGACCCCGGUCUCGUGGGGUAAGUUUCUUUUGUUUUGUGUCCCCCAGAGCGUGAAAACAAAAGAAACGAGCCCCACUAGACCGGGGUCCCCCACUUCUUGUAAACAGGCCCUAAGAGUAAGUUCACUGGUUAUACUAACUCCAAAUAUUGUCGAACUAGCGAAAAUUUUUUCUUCACUUGCAGCUGUUUCGUUUUAUCAAGCAACGAAAAAGGUCAACUGGAUUUGUCACUGAGACCUUCCAGGUGAGAAAGCGUUCUGAAAAAAACAAAUUCCCAAAUUUGAUCGUGGUAGCACUUAAAGAACCGCUGCCUUUUAAAUUUGUACGUGCCACUGUAGAAGUAAGUGUUUGUUAAAUCAUUUAUUCACCUUAGUUGGUCUUCCCUUCUGUUGAAGACCGCAUAACCAAGCGAUUUUUGUUGUUGUUUUUUUUUACCAAGGUGGACGUAAUUUUUUUACUUAUUGUAGUUUUCAAGUUCCAGUAGGUUAUCAUUCCCUUGUUUAGCGGAUGUUUCUUUUUUCGAUACAGAUAACCUUUAAACUUUUAUCAGAAUUUUUACCCUCGCAUGUUAUAAUGCUGUGAAAUAAUCUUCAUUUUUUGUGUGUUUUUAUCUUCGGUAGGACUGAAGGCCUAUCAACAAUGAACGAGGAAGGUAUGUUUGACUGUUCAUUCUAGCGUUAUCAUAUUAGACAUGACCCUGUCUUUUCCCAACAAUCUUAAGGAACGUCUUUUCAGUGGAAAAUCAUGUUUUUUUUUUUUAACUUUUAGCGCAAUAUUCUACCGUUAUACCUACAGCACACAUCUGUUUUGUCGUUGCUGCUGCUGUUGCCGUUAUUUUUACUGUGUAUCAUAGUCAACGUUAUAUUUUUAAGACCUCGCAACACUUUGAGUGCAAUUCGUGAUUAAUAGUGUUUGCAAGGUUCCUCACGGAUAAACUUUGCAAGUCUUCAGUAGUCUUUAACUGGUUCAACUUUUUAACUGUUUAUUAAUUAUCGCAAAUUUUACAGCCAGCAAUAUCCACUGCCCGCAGUAAGCAGAUUAGCUAGUCGAGGCGAGCAGUGGUUACACUAUGCUAUAUAUAUACAAAUAGCUCACAAGCAAGACUAGUGAAAAAGAGUAAAAACUGUUAAAUAAAUAAAUAAAUAAAUAAAUAAAUAAAUAAAUAUUGCGAAUAGAAGAAGCCGAGUUUUCAAGAGAAAUCUUGUGACUUGCUUCGACAUGCUCGGAAGUCUUCGCUGGUUUGACGUCAGAUAUUAGAGUGGCGAAGCGUUCGAUUAAUAGAAACAGAUUGUACAAGAUUUUAUUGCCCACUUUAAAAACAAGAGGGAAACUGGAUCGAGUUAACUUUCGCAAAGAGUUCUGGGACUGUUACUAGGCAAAGGGGAAAAAAUGGCAAACAGCUGACAGACCGGCGCGUUCCCAUUAACGAUCCCAGGAACAAUCGCGAGACAUAGAUCGGCACCAGUCGCCUCAUCGUUUCUAAAGUAGUGAGUUAAUUUUAGUUCUCACAUCUUACAAAUAAUAAAUGUCUACUUUGAAUAAGUAUACAAACUGCUGUAAUGUCUGUAAUCGGGAGAUGGCAGUCGCACGCUCUAAUACCAAUGUCUGUUAGCAUCUUUUGAAGUGAAUCGUUCAGUUAGACUAUUUUCUUCACGGAAUCAUUUAUGAUUCUUUUAUAAGUGAACGGAUUAAGAUUAAUCAUGCAACAGCUUCUUGUUAUAGCAUUACGCGUGAUUCAAACUAUAUUGUAAAAUUUACACUAUUUUUAUGGUGGCUUCCUCUCAGUUGCUGGUGGCGAGAAGAUGGAUCGAGAGAUCAAGGGCUUGGACGACUUGAAGGAAGGAGAUAUUAUCCGUGGCUAUGUAAAAUCCUGUUCUGAUGUCGGGGUUUUUGUCAGGUUGGUUCACAUGACACUUUUUUUCAAGCUCCAAAAAUAUACUGUAUUAUAGUUUCUUCUGUGGAACUAUCAGAGACUAGAACGCUUUUUCUAUUGAUUUAAUCGCACCGGAAACUGCUGCAACCUUCAAAUCAGCCCUGCCCACCCACUUCAACCAAAGAUCAUUUUGACUUUGAUUUUAUUAUCAACGUUUUGGCUUUGCUUCGCAUUUUCUCCCCCACAUAUAUAUUGCCCUUUUUUCCUUUACUCGACACUUGCGCGUAAAUUGUAUUUGAGAGAUGGAAAACCUUUGCAAAUUAUAGUAUAUCAAUUAAAAAAUAUCGAGUCUUGAUAAGGCUAAUUUCCACAUAAAUGUCGGCGUUGUCAGAAACCGCAGUUUUAACUGAAAACACUCGUUAACGAUGGCAAGUUUUUUAACGGGUUCCUUCUCCGUGAUUAGCGUUCAGAGGGAAGAAAUAAGGACCAUGUUGUAUUGAAUAAUGCUGCUAUUUUUUCACUAACGUUCCCUUUUUAUUUUCGGCAACGUUGGGCGUUGUCAAUUCGGGAGAUGAUUAAUAAUUCUGCCUCAGCCUAGUCAAGCAGAAUUGAGGUAACGCGACUUUCCCACGACUUAUCAAUUUACGCCUUCCCUCUUCCACGCCUUCCCACCAUCACCUCAUCGAGCCAGUCUCUCAGAAGCAGCUUGAACAGGUAUAGGAAGAGCGCAUUUGAGGCCAGUAUAUACUGCUGCGAAAGAAAUACCAGCGGAUGUCGCUUCGCGUGUAACACUUUGAUAGUUUUGAGUUGUUCUAUGUGGGUGACGUAAACUUCAGAUAAGUAAGUGAGCUUGAAUACAAAUGAAAUGCUGAAGGGGUAGGUACUGCAUUCUCAAUACAUUCAGUGCAGCUGAAAUUUAUAAAGGGCAUAACACAAAGCGGAUGACUCUAGCCACGUCCGCGAAAAGACAACAGAGCUGCAAUGACCUUUUAUACUCAUUUUUGGUAUCAUUUCUAGCCUUUCCCAUCAUAUCGUUGCUCGUGUACAGAUCAAGAAUCUCUCGCAGUACUACGUGAAGAAAUGGAAACCUCUCUUCCAUCCCGGAAAACUUGUAACGGGCAAAGUUGUGAGGUAAACUUUAUAGCUCCUGAAGUAUUUUUACAUCGGCUUAUUUUUCUUUUGUUAACUGAUAGCUUUAUCAUGGUAUCUCCAAAAUUAUUGAAAGCUCAAUGUUGAAUACAAACAACUACGGCUUUCCAGGGGCCCUUCCCGGAAGUCCCGGUGACUCUUCGGGCCGAAAAUUGAAUUUUUAAAUCAAAAUCUAAGGAAUAGAUAUGAGCGCGGUUCCUAGCUCAGUAGCAAAACAGUCCAAUCAUAUAGUUUGGUUAACUGAUAGUUUUAUCCAGUUAUCUUCAAAGCUAUUAAAACCUCAAUCUCGAAUUUAAACAACAACAGCUUUUCCAGGCUCGUUAAUUAGUGAGACUUUCAAGAACAGGCCCUAGAACUUAAUCAGUUAUUUAAUAUGAUACUAUUGCAUGAAUGAAGCCCACGAUAGGUAGCCUAUGAACUUAACUGCCGUCUCUCCUCCUUCCUCCCCGCUGGGGUCGUUUCGCAGGGAAGACUUUUCAGAUAAAUUUAGGUUUCUGGGAAACUGCCCACCUACCCCUCCCCUAAGCCAACAUUUUGCCCUAAGUGAGCGGUGAGUGUUAAUGUUGGCUUAAGGGAGGGGUAGGUGGACAGUUUCCCAAAAACCUAAAUUGAUCCGACUUUUCUGGAACAGGCUACCACUACAGCUUCUUAUUUUAUUUGCGUUUCGAGGUGGUUAAAAAUGAGAAUGCAGUUAUCCUUAAACAGCUUUUCGUUAACCGUCUAUGUUCCUCUCGUCUUCUAUUCGAGCUAGUGUGAACCCAACCAAAGGUCACGUGGAAUUGUCGCUCAAAGGAACAGACGUCGGAGGUACCGACCCUGCGCCAAAACCAAAGCGAAUGGAAGAAAAAGAGAAAAAUCGAAAGGAACGGAAAGGGAAAGGGGAAAAGAGGAAGAAACAUAAUGAGGCAAAGGAAGAUUCAGAGGAUGAGGCAGAGGACAUUUUAAAGAAACUCAAGACUGGUACGUAAAAAUGGAUAGCUCAUUUUAUUUUUUUGGUUACCCCAUAUCCUGUUAACUUGAUUCCGCAGAGAAAGACUUGGGUUGCCACCGUAAGGGAAAAUUCGGGUAUGAUGUUAGUUCUCGGUAAAGGCAGUGAAAUGUCAAGGAAUUUUAUUUCAAGUGGCGCCGUGGGGUUUCUUGAAUAGGUAUCUUCAUUUGGAAUGAGUGACCCUCAUGUUGAUCAAUGCUAAUACCCCUCACACUUGAAAAAAAUAACCUCCAGAACGCAUGGAACGCGUAAUAGAAGGAGGAGGAGAAUAUUGGUAGUUGUAAAAUAAGCCAGAGAUAGCUUGUGUACAGCCGUCACGGGACUUUUUGCCUGAGGAGAAGGCGCAGCUGUAGAUCAGUAAAAAUUGUCUCGAGAUCAGGAAAUAGUGUGGGAUUUCUGUCCUUUUCCCUUUCUGUUGAGUGGCAACUCAUCUCCAUUGACCAGUGCUAUCAAGGUAACUGAAAAGCUGGCCAUGUAUGAAUUCUAAACUGUUAAUCUCGUAGUUAGCACCCUUUCCAGUCCGUUCACAAUCCCAGUCUCUUCCAGGUUGAACCGGGCUGCAAUGCUGAGCAAAUGUUUUUUUCUGAUAGAGAAAUUUCGAUUUGUGCUAUUAUCUUGACACCUCUUGCUAACUGCGUUGAGACAGCUUGUCUUUUAUUGCUGUUUUUAAUUUUAGACUCAGAUGAUGAAGAUAGCGCUGUAACUGAUAAUGAUGAACAAGACGAGGAAGCGGAAAGCAGUUCUGACGAAGAGGUCAGAAAACAACCUUUGACUUACUACGAAUGGUGCACAUUUUUUCAUUCUGUUAUGGUUAAGGAUGGUAUAAUAUGUGUUUUCCUUUGCUUUCAUAUUCAAGGCCGAUAAGGAGGGCGUACACAAAAUAAAUGGCCUAGCAAGGUUACAGGUAAGGCGAUGCACUUUGCGUCAGCCGUUUUUCUUUUAGCCGUGUUGUCAAGUACACUUGCAUUGUAAUUAAUUUUGCUUCUUUUUAGCCUUAUAUUAGAUUUGAUGUAGUAUUUUAAAGGUGAUGUUACACCGGACGAUUCGCAAUGACAAUUUUUAGCGCAACACAGCGUUAAAACAUUGUUGUGACAAUGUUUCCAAUGGUUGCAACGUUGUUCCAACCUUGCAACACUGUGUUGCGCUAAAACCGUUGCGUGUAACAUCACCUUUAAGUGACCUUUGAUAGGUAUUCCUAUGUCCAUUUUUUUUUCUGUCCUCUACACAAAUUUCAGUUGGCAGCAUAUUCUUUAAAAACCACUUCUCUCAUUAAAUGUAGCUUGAGUUGUCUCGGAAUUUUGUUUGUUAAAGUAUAGAUAAAACGUGGUAAUGCACGAUUCCUUAGAUUGGAGCCUCCUUUUCUUAGCCUUUCUCCUGCUGUACUCUGGAAGUCCCCCUUCCCAUAUUACACCUGCCGUAUAAUUUUUUGUCUAUCAUGGAAGGCUACUCCUAGAUCAUUUGUAGUUUGUUCCUACUUCGUUGUUCCCAGCUUUCAAGCGGAUUUGACUGGAGCGGCGAGGGCGCUGAAGAAGGGCAACAAAAUAACAAGAGAAUGCAUGAAAGUGAUGACGAGAGCAGCGACAGUGAAACGGAGACCAGUGAACAGGUUUGUUUCGUUCUCCGUUUGUUUUGUCUUUUUCACUAUCAAAGAUCUUUGUUCAUCACUACCGCAUUUUUGCCAAAUAAUUAACCCUCUUCUUCACUCAUCUGAACAGGUUGCUCGUAAGAAAAGCAAAAGACAAAAGAGAGCUGCUAAGAAAGCUGAAGAAGACUUCUUAUACAAGGUAAGGCCGACUGGCAUCUAGCGAUAACAACUAAAAGGAGCUGUGUCAGGAAAUUUAUAAAAGCUCAGACAGUGGGAGCUGCUUCCCAUGCAACUAAGUGAAACAUGAUAAUAACCCCUGAAUAAGUUAAAAGAAGGUAUUAAAGGGACAGGUUCACGGUUCAGCGCAUGCUUAUUAAUUAAAUUACUUUUUUCUAAUUUAUUGUUAAUUCUAUCGGUUCAGAAUAAUCCCACUCACAUGUAUCUCAGCGAUCUCAGAGCGUAUUUCAAAGUAGAAGUGUAUUUCAGGGUAACCUGAAGUGGGAUGGAGGAGUACUAAAAUCGCAGAAAAAUUAGUGGAUUAUGCCAACACUACCAACGUUGAAUUUAUUGUUGACCCGAGGGUUUUAUUCCAUGGUUGAUAACUUUACAGCUAUUUGCACCUAAGUUGAUCAAGUGACUGCCGGGGGAGUGCGCAGAUUAGUUCUUUGACAACAUUACGACAUGAUCAUAUUGCUUGCAUAGACGAUACAGCAUAUCCCGGCAGAAAAAUAGCAUUUUUGAACAAAAAAAAUAGAAUUUUAACGAGCAUGCACUGAACCGUGAACCUGUCCCUUAAAAGACACAGCAAAUACCAAAGGAAGCACGGACGGACAAAAUUGAAGAAGAUUGAAAGGCAUUGCAAUUGUGGUUUUUGAAAACUUGUUAGCCGAACAGUUUUAUAAAGUACAUUUUUGUUAUUUGUAACGUUUGAAGUACUGCUUGAGAGACAUUUGUGUGGCACGAAGCUGUGAUUUUGUCAUUCACCAGUAAUUUCAUAAUUGUCAUAGCGAAUAAGGGCAUACUAUCGGUAUUAUAGGGGAGCUUUAGCAACGACGACGGCGACGGCAAAAAAAGUAAUGGAUUUAUUAAGCAAAACAAGCAUCACGUUUUUUUGUACAUUUCUUUGCCGUCACUGCACGACUGCGGCGUGAAAAUGUCUAAUUUCACGUUUUAUGAAGUACGUAAACAAGCGACGACGAAUUUUUCUUUCUCUUUCUUAGCUGGAUUGCAGUCCCUGGAAGAAGUCAACUCCAGGGAAAUUCACCUACUUUUGUCAUUUUAAGCGAAUUGGAAUGAACGCGUCAAAAUUUGAAAGAAACGUAAAUUCAUUUGAAAAGGGACGUUUUCGCUGCCGUCGCUGUCGAUGCUAAAGCUCCCUAUUAACAAAAUGAACUAGAAAGUAGUGGCACAGUCCCUUAAAACGAAAGUUAGGCCAAUAUUGCUUGAACGACCCAGGAGACGUACUAUCGAUACAACCUCGUUUCCAACGUGGCCCCGGAUAGAGAGAGAUUGGGGACGAGUACAAAAGGGCCUGGGAACGAGGCGACUUUCGAUACUGAUUGAAUAGCAACAAAGUUUAGUUAUUAGUUUCUUGGUUAAAUUUAUGACUGAAGAAAACUAACCUAAUGAAUAGACUAGAUUUAACUACCUGAACUACUUUCAUGUGCCGCGCGCCGAGGUGUUGUGUCGUGUAUGUAUCAAAGACUUAGCUGUUUCUCUCUUCUCCAGACUGAACAGUCGUUAUUAGAUCAGAAUCGACUGCCUGAGACCGCUGAUGAUUUUGAUCGCCUUGUGGUGUCAUCGCCUAACAACUCGGUGGUGUGGCUACAGUACAUGGCAUAUCACCUUCAUACAACGGACUUUGACAAGGCAAGGGCUGUAGCCGAGAGAGCGCUCAAGACAAUAUCAUUUAGGUAAUGUUUGACAUUUUAUCGUUCUUAAUUGUUGACUGACAUGAUCAAAUUAAUUAAUUGAUUAAUUGAUGUUUGGCUAUUUUUUUCUUAUUUAGAACUGAUAUAGCUUAGUUGUUAUGAGUUUAUUGUAAGGUGUCGCAAUUGUCUUUGUGUCAAAAUCUUUUAACUCGCAGAAAGCCAUUAUUAAAACUAUCUGCCUCGAUAGUGUCAAUUAUUUUCCUCCAUUCUCGCACCGAGAGCUUUCGAUUCCCUUCUCCCAAAUCCCAAUCAUGCCAGCUGCGAGCAUGUCAAAUUUUGUGAAACUUAUGAUGAAAAGAAUAGAGCGAGUAUGAUCUAUCUUUCAUUUUCUUUACCAGACGGUCCUUUUAAUCUUUCUCAGCGUUUUUGUCUGAUUAGAGUUAAGGCGCGUAUUAGUCUCAAAUACUUAACCAUCAUCAUUUUCACAUGUUGCGUUCAUUCAACAGGGAGGAGCAGGAAAAGCUGAACGUGUGGGUGGCCCUAAUGAACUUAGAAAACCUGUAUGGCGCACAAGAGUCCCUGGUAAAGGUGUUCGAGCGAGCCCUGCAGCAGAGUGAGCCUAAGAAAGUUUUCUUUCAGUUGAUUGGUAUCUACACAAGAACAGAUAAAUUUGAGGUAUGAAAAAUUAUUUGACUCGUGUUCCAAAAUGUUUUAGUUUAACACAUCGGGCCGCGCGAGGGGAGCACACAAGGAGAAAGAGAGAAAGACACAAAAACACGCUCCCUCUCCACUCGCGUGUCUCCAUAGCGAGCGCCGUUCUCUCUCGCACCCAUAACUUCCAAGUGUCCGCUACCCGAGCUAAAUAUAUCUGUGCUUUUGGUUUGUUUGUAGUUGGCCGAACAAUUGUACCAGACGAUGAGCAAGCGGUUCAGUCAAAGCAAAAAGGUUUGGGUUAAUUUUGGUGCAUUCUACAUGAAGCAAGGAAAGCUUGAGUCAGGCAGAAAAUUGCUUCAAAGGAGUCUCAAGAGUCUGCCGAAAAGAAAACGUGAGUAGUUCAUUAGGUCUUAUCACAGGGAACCCAAGCUCACUAUGAGAGCCCGUCAUCUGGGUGAAAAACUGUCGCUCGAAAAAUGCAUUAAACAGUGCCUAGGAUGUCUGAAAUGCAGUCAGGACACAAAGAAAAACAGGAAGACGCUAAAAGUAAUCUUCAAAGCGAUAUUUAAUGCUCAUUUUGUCAACUUAGUGAGCAAAAAUGUUUCUCAUACGUCUUACAAUUUUCUCGCUGUAUGAAUAAUUAUUUAGCUUAGUAGGGUAGUUUGGCAUCUUAAGAGGCCUCAAGCGCAGUCAACACACAAAUAAACAAAGUCUUUCAAGGUUUUUGUGUAAGAUUGUAGUAUAUUGCCUGGCUCUCCAUAAGUCUCUCCGAGUGCCCUCGCGAUGUUGGGGAUGUCAUGGCUUCGAGUCCUCUCGGAGACUCAAGUUUUUAUCUUUGUCCCGCGCUUGCCAGGUACUAGUCAUGUCGUCUUUCAGAACGCUGGUGUUGCUGUUGUACUCUUCUUACUUGACUUUUUUUUCUCGAUAGAAGGAAAAGAGAAUCUCUUUUCUCUUAGUCCAGCCAAGUUUCAUUACAGCUUUUUCUGUAGCCCUCAGCUUUUUUGAGGGCUACAAGUUUAUUAGCCUUGGGCUAUUUAGUGUUACCCUAGCUAUAUAAAGGCAUUAUUUCUUCUUCUUCUUUUUUAGAGUCAAAAAGUACAUCGGCCAGUAAUGCAUUCGCCAAUCCUGUAUAAUUACGCUCUGCUUCUGGGCUUGGCAAAGCUUGUGUGCCAAACACUCGAAAGGGAUAAGUCGAUGGCCGAUGAUGCGUAGGGCGCCCCGCCCGACGAUUUCCACCCGCUCUCCCUUCCAUAAAAACGCCCCUCCGCCGCGCGCGGUCUUUUUUUGCGCACACCAUUACCUGUCUCUCUUUGCGUUUAGAUUUACUUAUUCAUUGGUUUAUUUGCAUACGAUGUGACUGGUCAGAUGUGAUUAACUUUUCUUUUGUUUUUCUUUCCUGCUUUUGUUUCCUUUGCAGAUAUUGCAACUAUCGUGCAGUUUGCCCUGCAUGAGUUCAGAUAUGGCGAGCCACAGCGAGGGCAGACUAUGUUGGAAAGUAUUCUAACCAACUAUCCCAAAAGAAGUGACCUCUGGUCAGUUUAUCUGGAUAUGAUGAUUAAGCAAGGGAACGCGGAGCCUGUUCGGUGAGGAACAAACUCACAAAUUCAGUUUUAUAAGUGGUUUAAAGUGUUCACUGUUUGCAUCUUUUAGUGCACCCUGCGAGCAGAGCAUCCCUUUGUCUUCUUGAGUGAGGAGGAUAAAAGCAGGUUCUGUCUGAAUCGCUCAAUCCUUUGAGGUCGCCGCCGCCCGAACUUUUGGACUAGUCAAUCUUGUUCUCUCUCGUCAAAUUGUUUUUUUUCUUUUCGAGUGUAAGCAUCCGUUUAUUGUGAAACCGAUGGUCAUAACCGAGCCCGCUGUAGCAAGCGUACGGCUAUUAGGCCUACAAGGUUCAAAACUGUCCUUGCAUCCUGCCGUGCAUGUUCAAGAAGGAUCUUCCGUGAUUCCUGCAGAGCCUUUCUCGAGUACGCUAAAAUAAAGCAAACUAAAGGAAGACUAUGCUGGCAGGGUGCUUUUAGUGAUCCAAGCUCACUUGUCCUGAUUCUUGAAAUUCGCUUUUUUUUAUGAACGAAGUUUUCUAGCAAUUGAGGUAGAAUUCUUUAGAUAAUUAAGCCUGGUGAUUUUUUAAUACUCAGCUUACACGUUUGUAGUGUUUCUGUUUUUGGUUGUUAUUGUUAUAUUAUUCCAGCGUUUGGUCACUAGUUUCCACUUCAAGCACGUUCCGCUGUUAUGUGUUUUUCUUCGAGUUCAUCACGCCCUGAUCUUGCCUUUAGUUUACUCUGAGUAUACCUGCUUUCGGCACCUGUUGCGCAUUUACCAGUCCUCAUCGACACUGUUAUGUUGUAGUUCGAUUUGUCACUAGUUCAGUCUUUUGCGUAAAGACUUGGGGUCCAAUUACAAGAGCCGAGAUCGCUUGGCCGAGAUCUCGGCACGCAACCAAAAUCAACUUUGUUAUUACAUGGCAACCGAGUCAGCCAGGCUACUCGACAAAGGGACCCAGCCCCGCAGACGGAGCCAGCUCAUAUCAUGUUAUCAGGCUCUCUACCGAUAUUUAUAGAUAUGUGUAAUUUAGCCCAGCAGGUAGAGCGCUGAUCUGCAGAGUGGGAUGUUCCGGGUUCGAUCCCCGAUGGGGCCAAUGCUCAGAUCUUAAAACAACAAAAGCGAUGUUUUCCCGCCUCUUUUUUUUUUUUUUUUUUUUUUUUUGCGUCCUACACAUAGCUGGACCUCCUCUUGGCUCAAAUUUCUGACGCAUAAUGGCAAACAUGUCUCCAGAACUUAAGUACAGUGUCCUUAUAGAGCGUUUUCACAUGACGUCACGGCGGCCAUAUUGGUGUUCCAAACUAAUCCUGUUGGAGUUGAACUCUUUUCUCAUGUAAAAACUUUCUUUUGUUCCAAUAAAUUUGCAUAGAUGCUGGCCACGUGAGUGAAAACGCUCUAUAGUUGGUAGUUCCUGCUUUAAGUUUUCGCUGUUUUAUUUUUAUCAGGCAAAUAUUCGAGAGAGUCAUCCACAUUAACUUGUCUUCCAAAAAGAUGAAACUCUUCUUCAAACGCUACCUGGACUUUGAACGUAAAUAUGGUGACGCAUUCAGCGUGGAAAACGUUAAAACCAAAGCGAUGGAGUAUGUUGAAUCCAAGGCGGGCUUGAACUAAUGAGUGGCUUAUGAUCAGUGUGGAUGGCAGGGCAUCUCCUCUGUGCCACUUAUCGGGGAGAGCGGGGCUGUGGGAUGAGAAUAGCUGCUACAUCAAUAUCUACUUAAUGUGAGUUUUUCUACCAAGUAGGCUCGAUUUCCGCUUCUCUCUCGAAGAGAAGGGAGGAGGAGCGCGGGCUCAUUUCCCGAACAGCGGCUGGUAAUGGAGCCUAUCUACUCGGUGGUGUGACUUCACUGGCAUUCAUCUAAAGUUUUGUAUCUGCGUAGCGUCGGCUGUCUUGCUGACCCAAGCAAGUACAGUGCCAUUCUGCGCUCUGGCAACUGAGUGAGAUCUGAUGUGCUCGACUCGAGAGUCAUUUCUCAGAAUCAAGAGCUCUGUGCUGUGGAGAUUCUCAUCAAACGAACUCACGUCAAACGGUCGUAGCUAUUAGCCAAAGAAUUGUAAUGAACGAUGAUAAAAGCGUUUUUGUUCAGCCUCAAGUCGUGAAUGAUGUGAAAGAAAAAACGACUAGCAUGCCAAACAAACAGUUAUCUAGCCUACGAGCAAGCUCCCCCGGGGCACCCAGGGUUACCGGGGUGGGGAAGGGAAGAGGGGAAGGAGAGCUUUCUCUCUCCUUCCCUUUUUUUUCACCGCCAGAGCGCCCCGGAGAGCUGACCGAUUUUGUUGCCCGCAAGCUAACAGUAAUCCGAACUAUGGAGCGUGUAUUAAAUCG